AUGAGGGUACGAUUUGACAUCUGGGAGCAAGGUAACGUUUCCCCCCUCCAGCUGACUGACAAGCUGCGAGGAGCCCUGCGCCAUGCCCUCUGUGAUGUCAUCAUGGAACUGAGGGUCCUGCCUAAUCCGCUGUGUCUGGAGACAUUCUAUACCACUCCUGGGAGAGAUCAGAGAGAAGACACAACUAACGGUGAGGAAUUACUACUAUUACAGUACCUGCACAACAAAUGUGAAUGCAUUAUUGUGAAUUCAAAUUGUUGUUUAAAAUGGUAGUCUAUGUUUAUUAAUCAAUCAAUCAAUCAAUGUUAUCGGGCAGCCGAGCGGAAAUGGAAGAAAACUAGACUCCCUGCGUACCUGUCAUCUUUCCACUCCCUCCUCUCUACAUUAUUUUCCUCCGUUUCUGCUGCUAAAGCCACUUUCUACCACUCUAAAUUUCAAGCCUCUGCCUCUAACCCUAGGAAGCUCUUUGCCACCUUCUCCUCCCUGCUGAAUCCUCCUCCUCCUCCCCCUCCCUCCUCCCUCUCUGUGAAUGACUUCGUCAACCAUUUUGAAAAGAAGGUUGACGACAUCCGAUCCUCAUUAAGUCAAAUGACACCGCUGGUCCUGCUUACACUACCCUACCCUAUGCUUUGACUUCUUUCUCCCCUCUCUCUCCAGAUGAAAUCUUGCGACUUGUGAUGGCCGGCCGCCCAACAACCUGCCCGCUUGACCCUAUCCCCUCCUCUCUUCUCCAGACCAUUUCCGGAGACCUUCUCCCUUACCUCACCUCGCUCAUCAACUCAUCCUUGUCCGCUGGCUAUGUCCCUUCCAUCUUCAAGAAAGCGAGAGUUGCACCCCUCCUCAAAAAACCUACACUCGAUCCCUCCGAUGUCAACAACUACAGACCAGUAUCCCUUCUUUCUUUUCUCUCCAAAACUCUUGAGCAUGCCGUCUAUAGCCAACUCUCCUGCUAUCUCUCACAGAAUGACCUUCUUGAUCCAAACCAGUCAGGUUUCAAGACUGGUCAUUCAACUGAGACUGCUCUUCUCUGUGUCACAGAGGCUCUCCGCACUGCUAAAGCUAACUCUCUCUCCUCUGCUCUCAUCCUUCUAGACCUAUCUGCUGCCUUUGAUACUGUGAAACAUCAGAACCUCCUCUCCACCCUCUCCGAGUUGGGCAUCUCCGGCGCGGCUCACUCUUGGAUUGCGUCCUACCUGACAGGUCGCUCCUACCAGGUGGCGUGGCGAGAAUCUGUCUCCGCACCAUGUUCUCUCACCACUGGUGUUCCCCAGGGCUCAGCUCUAGGCCCUCUCCUAUUCUCUCUAUACACCAAGUCACUUGGCUCUGUCAUAUCCUCACAUGGUCUCUCCUAUCAUUGCUACGCAGACGACACACAAUUCAUCUUCUCCUUUCCCCCUUCUGAUAACCAGGUGGAGAAUCGCAUCUCUGCAUGUCUGGCAGACAUAUCAGUGUGGAUGUCGGAUCACCACCUCAAGCUGAACCUCGGCAAGACGGAGCUGCUCUUCCUCCCGGGGAAGGACUGCCCGCUCCAUGAUCUCGCCAUCACGGUUGACAACUCCAUUGUGUCCUCCUCCCAGAGUGCAAAGAACAUUGGCAUGACCCUGGACAACACCCUGUCGUUCUCUGCUAACAUCAAAGCGGUGACCCGAUCCUGUAGGUUCAUGCUCUACAACAUUUGCAGAGUACGACCAUACCUUACACAGGAAGCGGCACAGGUCCUAAUCCAGGCUCUUGUCAUCUCCCGUCUGGAUUACUGCAACUCGCUGUUGGCUGGGCUCCCUGCCUGUGCCAUUAAACCCCUACAACUCAUCCAGAACGCUGCAGCCCGUCUGGUGUUCAACCUUCCCAAGUUCUCUCACGUCACCCCGCUCCUCCGCAUACUCCACUGGCUUCCAGUUGAAGGUUGCAUCUACUACAAGACCAUGGUGCUUGCCUAUGGAGCUGUGAGGGGAACGGCACCUCCUUACCUUCAGGCUCUGAUCAGUCCCUACACCCAAACGAGGACAUUGCGUUCUUCCACCUCUGGCCUGCUGGUCCCCCUACCUCUGCGGAAGCACAGUUCCCGCUCAGCCCAGUCAAAACUGUUCGCUGCUCUGGCACCCCAAUGGUGGAACAAGCUCCCUCACGACGCCAGGACAGCGGAGUCAGUGACCACCUUCUGGAGACACUUGAAACCCUACCUCUUUAAGGAAUACCUGGGAUAGGAUAAAAGUAAUCCUUCUAACCCCCCCACAAAAUAUAUUUUAUAAUAAUAAUAAUAAUAAUAAAAAGAUUGUAAAGUGGUUGUCCCACUGGCUAUCAUAAGGUGAACGCACCAAUUUGUAAGUCGCUCUGGAUAAGAGCGUCUUCUAAAUGACGUAAAUGUAAAUGUAAAUCAGGUUCAUCCUUUGUCUAUCUCCACAUCUUCUCUUUAGGUCGUUUAAGUUCUCCUCCAUUGGAAGUGAAGGAAUUUAAGCACAGCUUCCUGCCUCGUAGUGGCAUUAGGAGUGUUAAGAACAGCCCCUCCCCAAUCACUCUGAUCCCUCCCCCCUCUGGGACCAGCCGCAACACCGGACCAAGCACCCCCGAGUCUACCACACCCACCGGCAAAACCACCCGCCAAAGCUUCUGGGAAAUACUGGUGAGUUCUCUUUCAUUGAAAGUGUGACGUGUAGUCUCCCGAGUGGCGCAGUGGUCUAAGGCACUGCAUCGCAGUGCUAGCUGAGCCACUAGAGACCCAUGGGGCGGCGCACAAUUGGCCCAGCGUCGUCCAGGGUAGGGGAGGGAAUGGCCGGCAGGGAUGUAGCUCAGCUGGUAGAGCAUGGCGUUUGCAACGCCAGGGUUGUGGGUUCGAUUCCCAGUAUGAAAAAUAAAAAAAAUAAUGUAUGUACUCACUAACUGUAAGUCGCGUCUGCCAAAUUACUAAAAUGUAAAUGUAAAUGUAAAAGAGGAUUGUGUCAGAAAUGGCACUCUAUUUCCUAAUUAAUAACUUUUCUAUUUCUGGUAGUAGUGUACUGUAUAGGGAAUAGAGUGCCAUUUCAGAAUAUUUCAUCAAACAUGUCUGUUUCUCAACUGAGUUGGUUCUGUCAGUGCUACAUCCAUCUGAGAUGAACAUUAAAUCGAUAUUUGGAUUAUGAACCACCAUGUUGCUGUUUGAUUCACUAGUAAAGAGUGAUGACGAAAUGUUGAUCCUCCCUGCAGAGCAAGCCAGAUUCAUCUGAGCUGGGGAUCCCUAAGACGACUGAGGACAUCGUUCAGGAGAAGGGGGAGGAGGGUCGGACACGUAGGAGACACAAGACAGAGAACAUGAAGCAGCAGUGGAGCCAGGAGAAGGGGGAGGAGGGUCGGACACGUAGGAGACACAAGACAGAGAACAUGAAGCAGCAGUGGAGCCAGGAGAAGGCCAUGGCUGUAGAACUGGAGCAGGCCCAGAGGUUAGCAGAGACACAGAAGAACACAGGCUGGAUUUAGAUCUGGGUUAAAAUAGGAUCUGUUUUCUUCCAAAUACUUUGAGCGUUUUAUUUGGGCAGAGUUUGAACUAUUCUAUUGGUUAAAUUGCGACAGGCAAGCUCAAUCAAGUGCAGCUGAAGUAUUUGAAAGACAGAAAAUACCACUUGAACCUAAGUCUGGUCACCACUGUUAAAUGUGGAGUUUGUCAGCAGUAUUGCACUGUUUAAUGGGUGUGUGUAUGUUCCAACAGGAGACACGUGUCCCAGCUAGAGGAGGGGAACGUUGGGACCCUACACCCUCUGUACCAGGUCACCUGUCAGCCCUGGAUCACCUUCAUGGCUAAACUUGGUGAGUGGCUGCUCUGCCCUCUCCUUACCCCUCUCCUUAUUUCUGCUGGAGUGGAGAGGAGACAGGAGAGGAGGUAAUAUAAAGGAUUGUCUGCUUCCCAAACUGAUUGUCUGCGUCCCUUGAUGGGCUCUGGUCAAAAGUUGUGCACUGUAAAGGGAAUAGGGUGCCAUUUGGGACAAAGCCAUCAUCUGCUAUCUCUUCUCAGUGAGAGGCUUUCCAUUUUCUCUAUUUCUUCUCCUUUUCUCUCGCUCUGGUGUAAACAGGAUGCCCGUCCAUUCAGCAGUGCACCGCUGAGAUUGCCUCCCAGUUCCUGCUUCCUCCCAUCCUGACAGAUAUUGUCAAUUUGGUCAGCUCCCUGGCCAGUGACACCACAGUCAAGGUGUUCGAGAGGAUAAGGUGGGUCAUUUUAAAGAAUCAAGUCAAUCACUGGAAAGAAUCACGCAUAUGAAUAUGUGUGCAUUAUUUUAAAAGCUUCCAGCUAGUUUGGAAAGACUGUAUAUCAGGAACGCAUGUAUAUACAUACCGUAUUUUCCGCACUAUAAGGCGCACCGGAGUAUAAGCCGCAGCAGCUAAAUUGAAUGAUAUUGAAUGAUGUGUACAUAUAUAAGCCGCACUGGACUAUAAGCCUCAGGUGUUUUAAUGUUUAAUUACCAUAUGUAAGGGUUCAUGCACAGAGGGGAUUGUCGGGAAAGAGACAAACUGUCUCGCUCUCGUAAUGUCUGUCUGUCUUGCUCUCGUUCUGUCUCUCGUUCUGUCUCUCGUACCACUCUCGGUUCCACUUUUACUUUUGCGCGCUACCUGUCUCACUCUUUUCCGGCCUCCAGCUUUUCCUGCUGGAGCCCGCCGCUUAAAGGUGGGGGGCGCGGACCGGUCAUAGAGCCCAUAGAGUUAAAGUUGGUGGACUGUAACCUGUAAAAUCCAUAGAUUUAGGAGGUCUUUUAGUGGCCGUUAGCUGUAAAAAUCCAUAGAUUAGCCGCACCGUUAUACAGUGGGGAAAAAAAGUAUUUAGUCAGCCACCAAUUGUGCAAGUUCUCCCACUUAAAAAGAUGAGAGAGGCCUGUAAUUUUCAUCAUAGGUACACGUCAACUAUGACAGACAAAAUGAGAAAAAAAAAUCCAGAAAAUCACAUUGUAGGAUUUUUUAUGAAUUUAUUUGCAAAUUAUGGUGGAAAAUAAGUAUUUGGUCAAUAACAAAAGUUUCUCAAUACUUUGUUAUAUACCCUUUGUUGGCAAUGACACAGGUCAAACGUUUUCUGUAAGUCUUCACACACUGUUGCUGGUAUUUUGGCCCAUUCCUCCAUGCAGAUCUCUUCUAGAGCAGUGAUGUUUUGGGGCUGUCGCUGGGCAACACAGACUUUCAACUCCCUCCAAAGAUUUUCUAUGGGGUUGAGAUCUGGAGACUGGCUAGGCCACUCCAGGACCUUGAAAUGCUUCUUACGAAGCCACUCCUUCGUUGCCCGGGCGGUGUGUUUGGGAUCAUUGUCAUGCUGAAAGACUCAGCCACGUUUCAUCUUCAAUGCCCUUGCUGAUGGAAGGAGGGUUUCACUCAAAAUCUCAUGAUACAUGGCCCCAUUCAUUCUUUCCUUUACACGGAUCAGUCGUCCUUGUCCCUUUGCAGAAAAAACAGCCCCAAAGCAUGAUGUUUCCACCCCCAUGCUUCACAGUAGGUAUGGUGUUCUUUGGAUGCAACUCAGCAUUCUUUGUCCUCCAAACACGACGAGUUGAGUUUUUACCAAAAAGUUCUAUUUUGGUUUCAUCUGACCAUAUGACAUUCUCCCAAUCCUCUUCUGGAUCAUCCAAAUGCACUCUAGCAAACUUCAGACGGGCCUGGACAUGUACUGGCUUAAGCAGGGGGACACGUCUUGCACUGCAGGAUUUGAGUCCCUGGCGGCGUAGUGUGUUACUGAUGGUAGGCUUUGUUACUUUGGUCCCAGCUCUCUGCAGGUCAUUCACUAGGUCCCCCUGUGUGGUUCUGGGAUUUUUGCUCACCAUUCUUGUGAUCAUUUUGAUCCCACGGGGUGAGAUCUUGCGUGGAGCCCCAGAUCAAGGGAGAUUAUCAGUGGUCUUGUAUGUCUUCCAUUUCCUAAUAAUUGCUCCCACAGUUGAUUUCUUCAAACCAAGCUGCUUACCUAUUGCAGAUUCAGUCUUCCCAGCCUGGUGCAGGUCUACAAUUUUGUUUCUGGUGUCCUUUGACAGCUCUUUGGUCUUGGCCAUAGUGGAGUUUGGAGUGUGACUGUUUGAGGUUGUGGACAGGUGUAUUUUAUACUGAUAACAAGUUCAAACAGGUGCCAUUAAUACAGGUAACGAGUGGAGGACAGAGGAGCCUCUUAGAGAAGAAGUUACAGGUCUGUGAGAGCCAGAAAUUUUGCUUGUUUGUAGGUGACCAAAUACUUAUUUUCCACCAUAAUUUGCAAAUAAAUUCAUAAAAAAUCCUACAAUGUGAUUUUCAGGAUUUUCUUUUCUCAAUUUGUUUGUCAUAGUUGACGUGUACCUAUGAUGAAAAUUACAGGCCUCUCUGAUCUUUUUAAGUGGGAGAACUUGCACAAUUGGUGGCUGACUAAAUACUUUUUUUCCCCACUGUACAAGCCGCAGGGUCGAAAAAUUGGAAAAAAGGCGCGGCUUAUAGUCCGAAAAUUACGGUACAUAAGCUCAUAAACAGAUUUUACAAACUUCAUCUUUCAAGCCAGUUUUGUAAGGAUAUGUUUUUAUAUAUAAUUACUUUAUCAUUUGUGUUUUUGUUUGGUCCCCUAGUUGUCCCCAAGGAGACAUCUUUGUUCCCCUGCCUCUGAUCCAACACCUCAGCCAACCACCUGCCACCUCUAGAACCUUCAUCCUCAUUGGACGGAACUUCCACCAGUGGCAUUGCAGCACAGAGCAAGGUACCUGCGGUAGCCAGAGUUCUAUUAUCCCUGUGCUCUGAAAGAAGUCACUCUUAACUGCUUGCUUGAUCCAUGAUUUUGUUUGCUUAUUUGAUUCAUGGAGUUAAACAUAAUCAUUGCCCUUUUAAAGUAUUUGAUGCUCAUUUUAUUCACCUUAAAUUAUGCCCCAUUUCCUUAUUUAUUUUUUAGAAAGAAAAACAUGUGGAGGUACCUUUUUCCUCUCUGUAACUUUGGAACGUGUAGUUAAAAAUCUGGAUUGUGUGGUCAAACAUGCUUUACUAAAUUACUUUAUGAAAGCACCAAAUUGAGAAAUGAAAGUAAUAAUACAUCAGUAUAAUAGAGAGAUAUUAUUAUGAUGCUAACAGCUAACAUGCAGACCAUAGCAGAACUGGGCACAAACCCAAAUACUCUAUUCUAACCCAACCUGGAACAUUUCUAGCUAUUUCCAAAUUACUCAUCUCAUCAACUAAUUUCUUUACACUUCAGAAACAGCAUGCAUUUCAAUGGCAUGUUUCUAAUAACUAUUGCUAAUUAUUAACUGUAGAUGAGGGUAGAAGUACAUUAUAUACACACAGGCAGCAUUGUUUCUAAGCUUAGUGUGACAUGACAUGCUUUCUCUGCUACUGUUCUGCACUUGGGUUAUCUCUCUCUGUCACUCUGACAAUCAAAGCAACCCUUUUCAAACUUUUAACUGUCUAACAUUUCUUUAUUUUGAAAGCUUAUCUGUGUCUGUAGCUUUAGCUUAGUGUGUCUGUGUAGCUAGCACCUAUAGAGCUGUCUGUUGUCAGUGCCUGCAUCCUGUCAGUGCCUGCAUCCUGCCAGUGCCUGCAUCCUGCCAGUGCCUGCAUCCUGCCAGUGCCUGCAUCCUGCCAGUGCCUGCAUCCUGCCAGUGCCUGCAUCCUGUCAGUGCCUGCAUCCUGUCAGUGCCUGCAUCCUGCCAGUGCCUGCAUCCUGCCAGUGCCUGCAUCCUGUCAGUGCCUGCACCCUGUCAGUGCCUGCAUCCUGCCAGUGCCAUGCUGUUUGUUUGUGCUCAUCUCUAUUUGCCCACAGAAGACAGUUCAGAUGAUGAGAACACCCCUGUGCUUAGUAGGUUCACACGUAAGUCUGACUCUGCCCCCCUCCUCAUAGUAGGUUCACACGUACAGUUGAAGUCGGAAGUUUACAUGCACCUUAGCCAAAUACAUGUCCUUAAGCCAUUUUGCCACAACUUUGGAAGUAUGCUUGGGGUUAUUGUCCAUUUGGAAGACCCAUUUGCGACCAAGGUUUAACUUCCUGACUGAUGUCUUGAGAUGUUGCUUCAAUAUAUCCACAUACAUUUCCUUCCUCAUGAUGCCAUCUAUUUUGUGAAGUGCACCAGUCCCUCCUGCAGCAAAGCACCCCCACAGCAUGAUGCUGCCACCCCUGUGCUUCACGGUUGGGAUGGUGUUCUUCGGCUUGCAAGCAACCCCCUUUUUCCUCCAAACAUAAAGAUGGUCAUUAUGGCCAAACAGUUCUAUUUUUGUUUCAUCAGACCAGAGGACAUUUCUCCAAAAAGUACGAUCUUUGUCCCCAUGUGCAGUUGCCAACCGUAGUCGGACUUUUUUAUGGCGGUUUUGGAGCAGUGGCUUCUUCUUUGCUGAGCGGCCUUUCAGGUUAUGUCGAUAUAGGACACGUUUUACUGUGUAUAUAGAUACUUUUGUACCUGUUUCCUUCAGCAUCUUCACAAGGUCCUUUGCUGUUGUUCUAGGAUUGAUUUGUACUUUUCGCACCAAAGUACGUUAAUCUCUAGGAGACAGAACGCGUCUCCUUCCUGAGCGGUAUGACGGCUGCGUGGUCCCAUGAUGUUUAUACUUGCGUACUAUUGUUUGUACAGAUGAACGUGGUACCUUCAGGCGUUUGGAAAAUGCUACCAAGAAUGAACCAGACUUGUGGAGGUCUACAAAAAAAAGGAGCAUUUUUUUUUUCUGAUUUAUUUUGAUUUUCCCAUGAUGUCAAGCAAAGAGGCACUGAGUUUGAAGGUAGGCCUUGAAAUACAUCCACAGGUACACCUCCAAUUGACUCAAAUGAUGUCAAUUAGCUUAUCAGAAGCUUCUAAAGCCAUGACAUCAUUUUCUGGAAUUUUCCAAGCUGUUUAAAGGCACAGUCAACUUAGUGUAUGUAAACUUCUGACCCACUGGAAUUGUGAUACAGUGAAUUCUAAGUGAAACAAUCUGUCCGUAAACAAUUGUAGGAAAAAUUACUUGUGUCAUGCACAAAGUAGAUGUCCUAACCAACUUGCCAAAACCAUAGUUUGUUAACAAGAAAUGUGUGGAGUGGUUGAAAAACGAGUUUUAAUGACUCCAACCUAAGUGUAUGUAAACUUCCGACUUCUACUGUAAAUUUACCCGCAGCCAGCCCCAACCAAGCAACACUAGCUCUGGGCUAUUCUGGUUUCAUUGAGAUUAUUUACCUGUUGAGCCUCAUAGAAUUUGCCCAAAACAUAAUGGUGAAAAAACGGAAUCUCUGCUGCAUAUAUACAGUGCCUUCAGAAAGUAUUCAUACCCCUUGACUUAUUCCACAUUUUGUUGUGUUACAGCCGGAAUUCAAAAUUGAUUCAAUAAAUAAAAAAUCUCACCCAUCUACACACAAUAACCCAUAAUGACAAAGUGAAAACAUGUUUUUAGAUUUUUUUCUAAUUGAUUGAAAAUGAAAUUCAGAAUGAUCUAAUUUACAUAAGUAUUCACACCCCUUUGCUAUUACACUACAACUUGAGCUCAGGUGCAUCCAAUUUCCUUUUGAUAAUCCUUGAUGUCACUACAACUUGAUUGAAGUCUGCCUGUGGCCAAUUCAAUUGUUUGAACAUGAUUUAGAAAGAAACACACCUGUCUAUGUAAGGUCCCACAGUUGACAGUGCAUGUCAGAGCAGAAACUAUACCAUAAAGUCCAAGGAACUGUCCGUAGAUCUCAGAGAUACAGUAAUAAUUGAGAAAUAAUUAAUCUGAGAAAGGGUAUAAAAAAAUGUCUAGAGUGUUGAAAGUUUCUAAGAGCACAGUGGUCUCCAUCAUUGGGAAAUUGAAAAAAUAUGGAACUACCCAGACUGCCUAGAGCUGGCCGUCCGACCAAGCUGAGCAACCGGGCAAGAAGGAGCUUGGUCAGGGAGGUGACCAAGAACCCAAUGACCACUCUGACAGAACUACAGAGUUCCUUGGCUGAGUUGUGAGAACCUACCAGAAGGACAACAGUCUCUACAGCACUUCACCAAUCUGGGCUGUAUGGGAGAGUGGCCAGACGGAAGCCACUCCAGAAUAAAAGGCACAUGACAGGACGCCUGGUGUUGCAAAAAGGCACGUGAAAGACUCUGAGAGCAUAAGGCAAAAUAUUCUGUGGUCUGAUGAGACAGAAAAUCAGGCACAACUCAUCACCCAAGUCCUUGAGUGACCCAACCAAAGCCCAGACUUAAAUCCCAUUGAAAAACUGUGGAAAGACUUGAACAUUGCUGUUCCCCAUCUAACUUAACAGAGCUUGAGAAAAUCUACAGGGAAGAAUGGGAGUGAAUCCCCAAAUCCAGAUGUGCAAAUCCGAUACAGACAUACCCAAGACGACUCAAAGCUGUAAUCACCGCCAAAGGUGAUUCUACAAAGUAUUGACUCAGGGGUGUGAAUACUUAUUUAAAUGAGAGUUCUGUAUUUCAUUUUCAAUAAAUUAGCAAAAAUGUAUAAAAACAUGUUUUCACUUUGUCAUAAUUUGGCAUUGUGUGUAGAUGGGUGAGAAAAAUAAUCUAUUUCAUCCAUUUUGAAUUCAGGCUGUAACACAACAAAAUGUGGAAUAAGUCAAGGGGUAUGAAUACUUUCUGAAGACACUGUAGGUCAUUUUUGGAAUGUAAAGCUUUGUACUCAAUGCUUAGCUGUAUACAUGGUGUGAGCUGUGCAUCAUAUCAUGUUGCUUAAUACGGAUGACCUUAUACCUGUGAAUAUGAAGAGUUCACAGUUUCCUCUGUCUCUUCUCCCUCAAACUGACUUCAUAUUUAAAUUCCAAAUAUCAAAUCAAAUCUCACAAUUUCUGCUUUCAUAAAUGGCUGCAUUUUAUCUUAAAGCUUAACUCUCUGGCUGUCUGGAAAAGUAAUUUUUUCUGCGACACUAAGUCUAUUUCUUAGAAAAUGAAAGGUUUUAUUCUUCUCCUGCUUUAAAAGCAGUAGCAGACUAGCCCCAUGCACGCCUCUCAGGGUGGCUCGGUGAAUAAUUUUAUGCAACUGGCCCUGGAGGCUUAGAAAACCUUAAUGAGAUAUUUUGCUGACUAUGUCCUAAAUGGCACCCUAUUCCUUACCUAGUACACUACUUUUGACCACAGCCCAUAGCCUCUGUCUGCUAGGAUGUAAUGAGAACCGUUUAUGAUUUGAAUUUUAAUAGCUUCAUAUUUAAAAUUCACUUUCCCACCAUAGGGUAGCUGACUAUCCGUUUAGUCAUAUACUCUAUGGUAAAUAAGAUAUGAAAUAUUCUGAUGCAAGGCAUUAAGGUCCCCUUGUUAAAUUGAUUCUCAGCCUGUCUUAUCUUAGAGACAUGGUUUGGCUCCGCUCAGGUCUCUCCUGUCCACUGUCUGUAUGCUCCAGGGUUGGUUAUGGUCAAUUAUAUUUAAAUUAAGAAGUUAAAUGGAAAUUCCAAUUCCAAUUGUCCUCAUUGCUUUUCGAUGAAGAACAUUUGGAAAUUAAAUGUUGGUUGAUUUCCUGAAUUGAAAUGGAAUUGACCCCAACCCUGGUCUGCGUUCCCCCUUGUGGCCCACUCUCACUGUCUUCCCUCCCUGUAUGUCCAAUCAGCUCAUAAAGGCUUCCAGCGCUUCGAGGCCUUGGAUCAGUCUGAUUGGUUCAGCCCAGGGCAGUCCUGGAGGGGCGUGGCCCCAAGGCAGAGGAUUCUCCUAAUACACAUCCUGAAGAAGAAGGUGAGGAGAAGAGGCGUGUGGGGGAAGUGUGUUAUUAUUAUAAUUAUUAUAAUUUUUGUUAUUAUAAUUUUUUAUUUUAUUCGGAUCCCCAUUAGCUUUUGCCGAAGCAGCAGCUAUUCUUCCUGGUGUGUGUGUGUUCCUGGUGUGUUCGUGGGAGUUGCCUAUAACAAGAGAUGGCACAAUUUAUCGGGAUGUUGCUCCAUUUUCACUCAAACGCUGUAUGGGGUGGGUUGAUCUCUCUCUCGCCUUCUCCAGGUGACCCUGUACACCUAUAACUGGUCAAUGGACCUAGGAGCCUCUCUGAAUCGUGGGCUGGUGAGGCUGGUCCAGUGGCAGAACGCCAGGGCCCACGUUCUCCACUGUCUCCUCAACCAGAAGAUGGGUCUCUUCCACCACUGCUGCUUCUCUGACACACCGGCCCACGAAGACCUCAAACAGGUCAACUUUUCUCACUCUCGUGAUCAGAAUCACCUUUACUCACCAAGUACAAUUAAAUGUACCAGAAAUUUGAAGUGGUUCUGACAUCACCUUACAAUCCACUGUCAAUCUCACACACAACAAUCAUACUUGAAUGAGUGUUAGAUUGUAACCACAGUCUAACACUCAUACACACACACCAAGACUAUCACUUAAAUCAGACACACCUGCCCACGAAGACCUGAUAAGGUAAACGCUCAAUCUCACGCACGGCACAGCCAUCUGCUUUAAUUCAUCACAGUCUAACACCCUUUGAUGCACCAUAACUGUGGCCUAUAAGUAUACAUCAUAUUAAAGUUAUGCCACACACAAUCUAUGGAUGGUACAAUGUUAGGAUUGGGACCAUUGUCCUGGUGGCUUAUAAAGGUUAGGUCAGUCAAGGGGAAUCAGUCUGUUAGUUAUGGUGCAUCAUGCAGGAUUUACCCCAGUGUUUUAACCAAAAUGCUCAGACUCUUUCCAUCUACGCGGGCCAGCACCCUUGUCUCACUGGGCCAUGGCUCCGGAGGACCUGCUUUCACCUGGGGCCAAAGCCAGGCCACUGGUACAUUUCAGCUUGCAUUUACAUAACAAUGGCCAACUGUGAACUUUAACACCUUUUCACAAAGCAACUGUCUUGGCGUUGUUGAUUCUGCUCUCCCGAAGUUCUUAGUGUCACACGCCUAAUGGUAACACAAUUACCAGAGUUUAGGUUAACAUAAAACACUGGCAACACACUGGUGUCGAGGUAAGUCUCCAUGGAAAUACGGCAUUAGUGUUAGUGGAGCAUCUGGUGGUACAGCAGGUAUAGCCCAGGCCACUCCCGAGGCAGGUUACACACAGCUGUCAGCUCCUGAUGGUGGGACGGGGAUUCCUUCCACACUAGCAUGUACUGUACCUGCUCAUUGCUUUUCUUUUAUGUCCCCUUCUCACUCUCCUCUGCUUUGUCGCUUCUCCUCAUAGCUAAACUUGGGAGGCAGGGUGUCUUGUCACUAAAUCCCCUCCUUCAUCUCUGUUUCUCUCUGAGUUUUAAACAGCAGUAGUUUAAAACCUCUGCUAUCAAUAGUUUGUCACUUCUUUUCUUUGUACUUUACAUUCAGUUCUUUCAGCCCUCAUUGGAAUUGCAUUGCAAGGAGCUGCAGUGUUAAGCUAAAUGUGGAACUACAGUUACAAAAUGUACAAUAUCAUAUACUUGGAAUCUCCAAGACGUAUGCAUCUGAUCUUCCUGAAUCCAUUUGCACUGUUUUAAUAUUCAUAGUGCACUACUUUUGACCAGAGCCUUUGAUCCCUGGUUAAAAGUAGUGCACUAAAUAGGGAAUAAGGUUCCAUUUGGGAUGUUAAUUGUACUGAGUAGAUUCCCCUUGGUCUUUAAUACAGAACAUCACCAUGACCUAGUUUCCCCCCUCUCUCUGAUCAUCUCCCUCCCUCCCUCCCUCCCUCCCUUCCUUCCAAGGUAUGACAUGUGAGCACCGAGGCCUUCAUUCCAUCUUCUAUUCCACUUUUUCACCUUUUCAGCAAACAUCCCCGUCAGCCUUGUAUCUCUGAAUCAUUUUGAUAAGCUCCAGGAGAGGAGUGGAGAGAAUGACUGUUUCCCAAAUAGCACCCUAUUCCCCUAUGUAGUGCACUGCUUUUGACCCGGACCCAUAGGGAAUGGGGUGUCAUUUGGGACACAGUUGAGGAGCGGAGAGAAUCACUCAGCUCUCUGACUUCACGGCCCGUGUUUUUAGUUCCGUAGCUCUAGGGUCAAAAACAAAGAAUGCCUAUAAUUUCUGAGCAGUCUGCCUGAAUGCCUGAAUACAAGAGACGAAAGAUAGGAGAGAGGUAUUUUUAGGGCUUUUAGAUGAUUUUUCUAAAAGAAUAGGCACUGUUCUCUGCCACGUUACUUUUCUCUGGGAACAUAAGAGGAUACACAUAUUGCAUUUUUGUUUAACAACAGUGUUUUUGAGGUCAUAACUGUGAUAUAUGGGAGAAACAUCCUUCCAACAUUUUGUCAGUAAAUAAGUGCAAGACAACCAAUUACAGUGUAAAAAAGUCAACUAAAAUGAAAAGAAAGGAAAUGUCCCAAACUUUUUCUCUAUUUCCCUCUCGAUGCCCUCACUCUUAAUCGCCUCUCCACUAAUGAAUGAGGACAGAAGGCAGAGUCAGAGCGGUGGAAAAUUUGCCCGCGCAGACCGUCAUCUGUCACUGUCCUGAUGAGGAGCACAGUGGGCACCAGUGCCCAGUUCAACCCCCCUCACCCCCUGGGCACGAGACAGACAAUGGACAGAGGGCUCUGCCCAUAGAGAUCCUAUUAAAUUAUUAUUCUAAUUUCUAAUUCUAUGGCUUUGCCACACUGGGGCAUCUGGGCCGGGCCCUCUUCUUCCUCCUAGGCCAUUGCCCCGGUCCUGCCCAGCAGCCAUUAAGCUGCUCUCUUGAGCUAACUUGCCCAAAAGUUCCCUUUAGUAGAGGGGGGGGGCAUGGGGAUGAGAGCAUAUUAGCUGUGCAGUGUAAAUCAGGACAUGCUGUCCAUGAGUCCAUGCACCAUCACCAAAGCGUCACCACUCCUUUGGGUUAAGUAUAAUCCCUGCUACAGUUUGAGUCAAGGGCUCAGUCCAGUUUUAUAAGGCUUUUAAAGUAGAUCAUGGUUUCAGCCCUACCAGAGUUGGUCUGUACAUUUGAUGUUGAUAAACAGAUACUGUAGUUUAUGAAAAGAUGGGUUUCUGGUGUGUUGUUCUACCUUUAGGUUUAUCUAAUAUGUGUGUACAACUUGUCUUCUGAUUAGUUAAUUUAUUACACAGAGGAAUAUGGAGUUGGAAUUCGGAUUUGUCAGAUAUGAGUUUGAAACCCAAUGGCUUUGGCUCAUUGUGUGUGUUUAAUACAAAAAUAAUGUUCAUGGUAUGUUCACCAGAAAGUUACUUGUUCAGUAACUUGUAGAAAACCUCACAGCUUCUCCGCCUCCCUCACUCACUCCAUCUCUUUCAUUUCGCCUCUCAUUUUCUUCUUUCUUGCUCUCCCUCUUUCUCAUCUCUCCAUCUCUAUCGCUCCCUCUCUAAUCUCCUCCUUCUUUCUAUCAAUUCCUCUCUGCCUCUCCCUCCAUCUCUCUGCCUCUCCCUCCAUCUCUCUGCCUCUCCCUCCAUCUCUCUGCCUCUCCCUCCAUCUCUCUGCCUCUCCCUCCAUCUCUCUGGCACCCUCUAGUCGUCUUCUCCUUUUCUUCUCUCCCUCUCUCCAUCUACAGUAUCUCUCCCUCUCUCCAUCUACAGUAUCUCUCCCUCUCUCCAUCUACAGUAUCUCUCCCUCUCUCCAUCUACAGUAUCUCUCCCUCUCUCCAUCUACAGUAUCUCUCCCUCUCUCCAUCUACAGUAUCUCUCCCUCUCUCCAUCUCUCUUCAUCUACAGUAUCUCUCUCUCUCUCUCUCUCUCUCUCUCCCUCUCACCAUCUCUCUCCAUCUACAGUAUCUCUCCCUCUCUCUCCCCCUCUGUCUCUCUUGCUCCUUUCUCUCUGCUUCUCUUUACAUCUCCCUCUCAUCGAGAUGUAGUUGUCCCCGAUUGCACUGACUUUGCUCACAACUGCUUGUUUGAAGAAGUGUACUUACUGUGAUCAAGAUGUGGUUGUCCCACUGGCUAUCCUAAGUUGAAUGCACCAAUUUGUAAAUCGCUCUGGAUAAGAGCGUCUGCUAAAUGACUUAAAUGUAAAUGUAAAUCUACUUCCUCACUCUCUCUCCCAGCAGGAGCCCAACCCGUUCCUGAACCCGACCAUGGAGGCGGAUGCCCUGCUGAGGAGCCCGGUGCCUAGCAAGGACCAGGGCAAGCUGUUUAGCGCCGUCCGCUCCCUGGCCCCACUCCACUUCCACUCGGAGCUGGUGCCCUUUGACGAGGCCCUCAGGGACUUGGGGACGGGCCGCCCCCUGGCCAGUGCUCAGGACGGGGCUGACGUGGUGGCUCGGCAUGGGACCCAGCUACAAGAGGUCAAGGCUUCAGAACGCAGAGGUCAGAUAUAGUCCCUGUAUAUGAACACUAAUGAUGUACACUACCAGUCAAAAGUUUGGACACACCUACUCAUUCAAGGGUUUUUCUUUAUUUUUACUAUUUUUUAGAUUGUAGAAUAAUAGUGAAGACAUCAAAUCUAUGAAAUAGCACAUAUGGAAUCAUGUAGUAACCAACAAAGUGUUAAACAAAUUUAAAUAUAUUUUAUAUUUGAGAUUCUUCAAAUAGCCACCCUUUGCCUUGAUGGCAGGUUUGCACACUCUUGGCAUUCUCUCAACCAGCUUAUUGAGGUAGUCACCUGGAAUGUAUUUCAUUUAACAGGUGUGCCUUCUUAAAAGUUAAUUUGUGGAAUUUCUUUCCUUCUUAAUGCAUUUGAGCCAAUUGUGUUGUGACAAGGUAAUGGGGUAUACAGAAGAUAGCCCUAUUUGGUAAAAGACCAAGUCCAUAUUAUGGCAAGAACAGCUCAAAUAAGCAAAGAAAAACAACAGUCCAUCAUUACUUUAAGACAUGAAGGUCAGUCAAUCCGGAAAAUUUCAAGAACUUUGAAAGUUUCUUCAAGUGCAAUCGCAAAAACCAUCAAGUGCUAUGAUGACACUGGCUCUCAUGAGGACCGCCACAGGAAUGGAAAACCCAGAGUUACCUCUGCUGCAGAGGAUAAGUUCAUUAGAGUUACCAGCCUCAGAAAUUGCAGCCCAAAUAAAUGCUUCACAGAGUUCAAGUAACAGACACAUCUCAACAGCAACUGUUCAGAGGGGACUGUGUGAAUCAGGCCUUCAUGGUCAAAUUGCUGCAAAGAAACCACUACUAAAGGACACCAAUAAGAAGAAGAGACUUGCUUGGGCCAAGAAACACGAGCAAUGGACAUUAGGCCGGUGGAAAUUUGUCCUUUGGUCUGGAGUCCAAAUUGGAGAUUUUUGGUUCCAACCGCCGUGGCUUUGUGAGACGCGGUGUGGGUGAACGGAUGAUCUCCGCAUGUGCAGUUUCCACCGUAAAGCAUGGAGGAGGAGGUGUUAUGGUGUGGGGGUGCUUUGCUGGUGACACUGUCUGUGAUUUAUUUAGAAUUCAAGGCACACUUUACCAGCAUGGCUACCACAGCAUUCUGCAGCGAUACGCCAUACCAUCUGGUUUGGGCUUAGUGGGACUAUCAUUUGUUUUUCAACAGGACAAUGACCCAACACACCUCCAGGCUAUGUAAGGGCUAUUUGACCAAGAAGGAGAGUGAUGGAGUGCUGCAUCAGAUUACCUGCCCUCCACAAUCCCCCGACCUCAAUCCAAUUGAGAUGGUUUGGGAUGAGUCGGACCAUAGAGUGAAGAAAAAGCAGCCAACAAGUGCUCAGCAUAUGUGCAAACUCCUUCAAGAGUGUUGGAAAAGCAUUCCAGGUGAAGCUGGUUGAGAGAAUGCCAAGAGUGUAGGGUGGUAUUUGAAGAAUCUCCAAUAUAAAAUACAUUUGGAUUUUUUAAACACUUUUUUGGUUACUACAUGAUUCCAUAUGUGUUAUUUCAUAGUUUUGAUGUCUUCACUCUUAUUCUACAAUGUAGAAAAUAGUAAAAAUAAAGAAAAAGUCCAAACUUUUGACUGGUACUGUAUAUGAGGUCAGAUAUGGUCCACUCCACUCCAUACCCACCUACCGCUCUGAAUAGUACAUACUGUACUGUCUAAUAAAUUAUAAUGUACAUUAUCAUGUAGUAAAUUGAUUUCUUUGUAAUGGUUGUCUUGUAUGUAUGCCAUUUUUUACUGUUUCAUUAAUGAAACCUUAUUUGUGAAUUAAGGUUAAUGUUUUUCUAACACCCAAUGUCAAUGUGUUGUUAAAGGUUUAAGGAGGGUGCUUAAAGCACAGGAUGCACUAGCUAUGUUCAUUUGAUACAAGGUGAGCCACAGCAGUCCAUCCGCAGCCAGACAGGCAGUAACCGAGAUGAAGUAGCCAGCUAUACUGAUUGAGGAGAUGUGGGUAGUCAGUCCUUGGCUCUAACAGAGACAGACAGUGCCAUGCAGAUCCAGGCAGGAGGCUCACGGCCUGGCUGAUAGCUGUUAGCUGCUGGCUCUGAGCUUUGAGGGAUGGUUACACGUGCUACAUGGCCCUGGGUACACUAGGUGUCCUAAAUGGUACCCUAUUCCCUUUAUAGUGCACUACAUUUGACCAGAUCCCUAUGUGUAGUGCCCUAUAGGGAAUAGGGUGCCAUUUCUGACGCAUGCAUACUUAUCCCCAUUCCCCACCGCUGUGCUGUGUGACUGAAGAGUGUUUGUGUGGUUUAAUCUCCAUGUUGACAGAGAUGGAGAAGCAGAUGAAGAUUGAGAACCUGUUUGUGACUUGGCAGCAGAGGUCAGCGCAGUCCAACAUGCCCAUCUCAGUAAGUACCACAGCCAUUUUACACACACCAGAGUACUACAGCCAUUUAGCCAUUUCCCUCCCCCAUCAAACGCCUAUGGACGCACACACGCACACACACACACACACACACACACACACACACACACACACACACACACACACACACACACACACACACACACACACACACACACACACACUAAGCAUCUGAGCUAUCUAUCUUGCAAAUACAUGGUUCACACAUGCUGGCGGAGUACACACACAGCGACUCUCAUUCAAAUCUCAGAAAAUGGCAUCUCUCCAUCUCAAACACAUUUACACACAUUUGCAUGUGGGCGCAAGUGCUUGUGUGAAAUUGGUAAGAGAUGUAUCGAAGAGCUGCUAUGCUGUCAGGAAUAUGGGGGUUUUAUGCACUGUAGCUAAUUGAUGUAUAUUUCACUCUUGCCAUGUUGUACUAGUCUGGGACUUUGGCACAGAGAAAUAAAUAGGAGAUUAUUUUUAAGUAGUCCCCAUUUUAAAUAUUCCAACUAAUUCACAAAGGUUGCAAGCUGGCAAGGAGCAUUUGAAGAGCUUUAAAGGAGAGACGUUAACUUUUAAGUUGAUAUUACAGCAGGCAUCAUGGGACUGUAGAGUUGAUAUUACAGCAGGCAUCAUGGGACUGUAGAGUUGAUAUUACAGCAGGCAUCAUGGGACUGUAGAGUUGAUAUUACAGCAGGCAUCAUGGGACUGUAGAGUUAAAUUACAGCAGGCAUCGUGGAACUGUAGAGUUGACAUUAUUGUAGGAUUCCUAGGACUCAGAAACACAAGCCCACCAGUGGUUUCACCAGAGGCACUGCAGCUGUAGAUGUUUUUAAAACACUACAUUAAUUUCACAAAAAUGCAAUGGCUACCUUCAUCAUAAAAGAAAGAUUGAUGAAAACAACAGUCUCUUUCAUCCCUAAAUAACCACUAGUUACAGUAUAGACCCCUCAAACUCAACUCUGGACCUCGAAGCCAGUUCCACUGCUUUUUUUCAUUAUUGCUCUCUAAUCAGGGGGACACCAGGUGGAUGCAAUUCAUUAUCAGAUAGAACAGAAAACCAGCAGGCUACGGACCUCGUAGUGUAAGUGUUGAAUACCCCUGGUAUAGACAGUCAAGAAAACACCACCAGUAGGCCUCAUAAGUCACUCACACACCAGUCAGUCCCACUCAGACUCAGUCUAAUGAGCUAGUGGUGGAUGAUGACAUCGUCUAUGUUCCAUUUGUGUGCUCCUGCUCCCUCUCUCAUUAUGUCACCGCUCACCAGAGCAGGCUCAUCCAUUACUGGUCAGUCAGAUGACUGUCUGGCUGCCUGACUUGGCUCCUCCACAGUGGGGGACCCCUCUCCCUUCACUGGCCCCUCAGGUUCCCAAGCAUUAUGGCCGUUGAUCCCUGACUCAAUCCCUGACUUAGAUACAGUGAGGGAAAAAAGUAUUUGAUCCCCUGCUGAUUUUGUACGUUUGCCCACUGACAAAGAAAUGAUCAGUCUAUACUUUUAAUGGUAGGUUUAUUUGAACAGUGAGAGACAGAAUAACAACAAAAAAUUCCAGAAAAACGCAUGUCAAAAAUGUUAUAAAUUAAUUUGCAUUUUAAUGAGGGAAAUAAGUAUUUGACCCCCUCUCAAUCAGAAAGAUUUCUGGCUCCCAGGUGUCUUUUAUACAGGUAAAGAGCUGAGAUUAGGAGCACACUCUUAAAGGGAGUGCUCCUAAUCUCAGAUUGUUACUUGUAUAAAAGACACCUGUCCACAGAAGCAAUCAAUCAAUCAGAUUCCAAACUCUCCACCAUGACCAAGACCAAAGAGCUCUCCAAGGAUGUCAGGGACAAGAUUGUAGACCUACACAAGGCUGGAAUGGGCUACAAGACCGUCGCCAAGCAGCUUGGUGAGAAGGUGACAACAGUUGGUGCGAUAUUUCGCAAAUGGAAGAAACACAAAAUAACUGUUAAUCUCCCUCGGCCUGGGGCUCCAUGCAAGAUCUCACCUCGUGGAGUUGCAAUGAUCAUGAGAACGGUGAGGAAUCAGCCCAGAACUACACGGGAGGAUCUGGUCAAUGAUCUCAAGGCAGCUGGGACCAUAGUCACCAAGAAAACAAUUGGUAACACACUACGCCGUGAAGGACUGAAAUCCUGCAGCGCCCGCAAGGUCCCCCUGCUCAAGAAAGCACAUAUACAUGCCCGUCUGAAGUUUGCCAAUGAACAUCUGAAUGAUUCAGAGGAGAACUGGGUGAAAGUGUUGUGGUCAGAUGAGACCAAAAUGGAGCUCUUUGGUAUCAACUCAACUCGCCGUGUUUGGAGGAGAAGGAAUGCUGCCUAUGACCCCAAGAACACCAUCCCCACCGUCAAACAUGGAGGUGGAAACAUUAUGCUUUGGGGGUGUUUUUCUGCUAAGGGGACAGGACAGCUUCACCGCAUCAAAGGGACGAUGGACGGGGCCAUGUACUGUCAAAUCUUGGGUGAGAACCUCCUUCCCUCAGCCAGGGCAUUGAAAAAGGGUCGUGGAUGGGUAUUCCAGCAUGACAAUGACGCAAAACACACGGCCAAGGCAACAAAGGAGUGGCUCAAGAAGAAGCACAUUAAGGUCCUGGAGUGGCCUAGCCAGUCUCCAGACCUUAAUCCCAUAGAAAAUCUGUGGAGGGAGCUGAAGGUUCGAGUUGCCAAACAUCAGCCUCGAAACCUUAAUAACUUGGAGAAGAUCUGCAAAGAGGAGUGGAACAAAAUCGCUCCUGAGAUGUGUGCAAACCUGGUGGCCAACUACAAGAAACGUCUGACCUGAUUGCCAACAAGGGUUUUGCCACCAAGUACUAAGUCAUGUUUUGCAGAGGGGUCAAAUACUUAUUUCCCUCAUUAAAAUACAAAUCAAUUUAUAACAUUUUUGACAUGCGUUUUUCUGGAUUGUGUUGUUGUUAUUCUGUCUCUCACUGUUCAAAUAAACCUACCAUUAAAAUUAUAGACUGAUCAUGUCUUUGUCAGUGGGCAAAUGUACAAAAUCAGCAGGGGAUCAAAUACUUUUUUCCCUCACUGUAUGAGAGGAGGUCACAUCAGCACAGCAGACAGUGUUGUGUUCUGUCUGUCUCCCACUCCCUCCUCUAACACACACAGUCCUAUCUACAUCUCUGUCUGCCUGUCUAUCUCCAGGCUGCACAGGGACGAUAGAUGAUAGAUGUGUCAAUAAGAGUGAUUGAUAAGAGAGCAACAGAUUAAAGACCGGAUGAGAUGAGCCAUAACAUUUAAUCAGUCCUAUUACUCUGUAGUAUGCCCUGUCUGUAUAGUGUUUAGUAGACGGUUUGAUUGUGUCAUUAGGAAACCGGUCAUUGAUUCUCGGUGGGUGUGUGUGUGUGUAUUUACAUGCUGGGGCUUUUGGUAUCAUUAACUAGAAGAAUUCUCAUUCGGCUCCAAGGACCAUUAAAUAAAUAAAGAGAUGUUUCCUUACUUUCCACAGGUGGUGGACUUGGACACUCUGAAGCAGUCAUCCAGACUAGUGCACUAUUGCGUCACCCCUCUGCUCUUUGACCCCGUGUUCAGGAAGCAGAUCCAGGAAGAGCAGAUUGUCCAACCUCAACAGGUCAAGGUACAGAAACCAUGGCUGCUUUCCCUUGGGGCCUAACUAAACAAAGCUUUCUUAGUGUCCAACAAGCUUUCUCUGCCCUUAACCUUGUUCUGAACACCUCCAAAACAAUGGUCAUGUGGUUUGGUAAGAAGAAUGCCCCUCUCCCCAAUGGUGUGAAUACUACGUCUGAGGGUUUAGAGCUUGAGGUAGUCACCUCAUACAAGUACUUGGGAGUAUGGCUAGACGGUACAAUGUCCUUCUCUCAGCACAAAUCCAAGCUACAGGCUAAGGUUAAAUCUAGACUUGGUUUCCUCUAUUGUAAUCGCUCCUCUUUCACCCCAGCUGCCAAACUAACCCUGAUUCAGAUGACCAUCCUACCCAUGCUAGAUUACGGAGACGUAAUUUAUAGAUCGGCAGGUAAGGGCGCUCUCGAGCGGCUAGAUGUUCUUUACCAUUCGGCCAUCAGAUUUGCCACCAAUGCUCCUUAUAGGACACAUCACUGCACUCUAUACUCCUCUGUGAACUGGUUAUCUCUGUAUACCCAUCGCAAGACCCACUGGUUGAUGCUUAUUUAUAGAAUCCUCGUAGGCCUCAGUCCCCCCUAUCUGAGAUACCUACUGCAGCCCUCAUCCUCCACAUACAACACCCAUUCUGCCAGUCACAUUCUGUUAAAGGUCCCCAAAGCACACACAUCCGUGGGUCGCUCCUCUUUUCAGUUCACUGCAGCUAGCGACUGGAACGAGCUGCAAAAAAACACUCAAAUGGACAGUUUUAUCUCCAUCUCUUCAUUCAAAGACUCAAUCAUGGACACUCUUACUGACAGUUGUGGCUGCUUCGCGUGAUGUAUUGUUGUCUCUACCUUCAUGCCUUUGUGCUGUUGUCUGUGCCUAAUAAUGUUUGUACCAUGUUUUGUGCUUCUACCAUGUUGUGCUACUGCCAUGUUGUGUUGCUACCAUGUUGUUGUAAUGUGGUGUUGCUACCAUUCUGUGUUGUCAUGUGUUGCUGCCAUGCUAUGUUGUUGUCUUAGGUCUCUCUUUAUGUAGUGUUGUGGUGUCUCUCUUGUUGUGAUGUGUGUUUUGUCUUAUAUUUAUAUUUUUAAUCCAAGCCCCCGUCCCCGCAGGAGGCCUUUUGGUAGGCCGUCAUUGUAAAUAAGAAUUUGUUCUUAAGUGACUUAUCUAGUUAAAUAAAGGUUAAAUCAAAUUUAAAAUAAAUACAACUCAAACAUCUCCUCAUAUGGUUGUUCACUUCUCUCUUACUUAGAAAGAUGCCCUUAGUUGCAAAAUGGAAACCAUCCCAAACUUCCCAAGUUUUUGAGAAAUCCUGGUAGGAGAAUUUCCGUAAUCAGGAUGGAACAAUCAGCAAUCUUCCAACAGUCUUUCAACCAGAACCUCUGAAAAACCUGGGAACUUUGGAAAAGGUUUCGGUAUUUUGCAACUUUAGACAAAGGUGGUCACAGUCUGAUGAAACAUCCCAGUUCACCUCUCCACUCCCGCUCUCCUCUCUCCUCUCCCCUCCCUCCUCUCCAGAAGCGUCAUCGCUCCAGUGACUCCACGGCGUCUGGCAGGGACCGUAGCUACAGCACAGACUCAGCUGACAUGCUGCCCAGCCGGCUGAGAGAGGAGCCCUGGCUGCAGGACAUCUCUAACACCUUCCUCCAGCAGUAUGUUCAGUACCUCCAGAGUAUGGGCUUCAUCCUGGUCCAGGUCCGGCCACAGUCCCCCGCACGCAGGUACGUCUUACUGACAGUCCAUUGGUCCUCAACUCUCUAAACUAUACUAGUAACCUAUCUUUCUACACCAUACUAGUUCAAGUUUAUUUACCAUGUUUAAUGAAUACAUUGGAAAUCUAACUCACCCGAUCUCUCACCCCAAAAAAACACAGUGAAAACACAAUACAACUCAGGGCAAAUGUCCUCUUUCUCUGAGUUUCCCUCCCAUGAUCCUCUAUGUGACUGUGAGCAGAACUGUGAGCACUAUUCAUCCAUUAGUCAUCAGAUGUGUUGUGAUCCCCUCCUAGCCCCCAAUAGCCACAUCCCUCUGGUCAUGCAUGUGAUAUAACUACAGUAGACACUGGGCAGACACACACACACACACGGACGGACGGACGGACGGACAGACACACACACAGACAGUACACUCUCUCUCUCUUUCUCUCUCUCUCACGUUGGUCUCUCCAUCCCUGCCUAACCCUGCCUGUCUCUCUCUCUCCUCUCUCCCUGUAGCAUCGCCAGGGCCCGGGCAGCCAUGUUCAGCUCAUUGUCGUCAGAGAGGCAGUCCUUCUCCUAUAACAAGACCAGGAGCGAGGACAGCCCUAAGGUAAGUAGUGUUGAUGAAAGGGAUGAGGAUAUUCACACACACACUCUUUCUGGCGAAAGGCACAUAGGGAUAUAUUGACUCCAACUCUCUCUGUCUGACACACAUACUCUCUCUCUCUGACAAACACUCUCUCUCUCUCUCACACACACACACACAUCCCUUCAUCAUCAACUCUUGAGGUAAUGUUGUAUUUCUCCGCAGAGCACAGGGUCGGGCACUACCGCAUACCACCUCCAGAGGGCGAUAACAGGGGGCAUCGUAUUGAUGGAGCUUGCCUUUCAGGUGAGACUCUUGUUCUCUCUCUUUCCCUGUCUCUUGCUCUUUCUAUCUCUCUCUUUCUCUCUCGCUCUCUAUCUCUCUUUCAAAGGGGCUUUAUUGGCAUGGAUUUUUUUUUGCCAAAGUAAUGAAAUAAACAAAAGUGAGUAUACACAAAACAACAUCAACAAAAAACUAUACAAAUGUAACCGUAAAUAUUGCACUCAAAAAUGUUUUUUUUUAAAUCGACAUUUCAAGUGUUAUAUUAUCAGCUAUGUACAGCUUUAAUAUUGCAGAUAGAUUGUAGCUUCCAUCAAUGUAAUUGUCUGCAUCAUUUCCAAUCCCCCAUAUAUAUAUAUUUUUAAAUAUAUACACUACCGUUCAAAAGUAUGGGGUCACUUAGAAAUGUCCUUGUUUUCGAAAUAUAUAUAUAUUUUUUGUCCAUUAAAAGAACAUCAAAUUGAUCAGAAAUACAGUGUAGACAUUGUUAAUGUUGUAAAUGGCUAUUAUAGCUGGAAACGGCUGAUUUUUAAUGGAAGAUCUACAUAGGCGUACAAAGGCCCAUUAUCAGCAACCAUCAGUCCUGUGUUCCAAUGGCAUGUUGUGUUUGCUAAUCCAAGUUUAUCAUUUUAAAAAGCUAAUUGAUCAUUAGAAAACCCUUUUGCAAUUAUUAUGUUAGCACAUCUGAAAACUGUUGUGCUGAUUAAAGAAGCAAUAAAACUGGCCUUCUUGAGACUAUUUGAGUAUCUGGAGCAUCAGCAAUUGUGGGUUCGAUUACAGGCUCAAAAUGGGCAGAAACAAAUAACUUUCUUCUGAAACUCGUCAGUCUAUUCUUGUUCUGAGAAAUGAAGGCUAUUCCAUGCGAGAAAUUUCCAAGAAACUGAAGAUCUCGUGCAACGCUGUGUACUACUCCCUUCACAGAACAGCGCAAACUGGCUCUAACCAGAAUAGAAAGAGGAGUGGGAGGCCCCGGUGCACAACUGAGCAAGAGGACAAAUACAUUAGAGUGUCUAGUUUGAGAAACAGACGCCUCACAGGUCCUCAACUGGCAGCUUCAUUAAAUAGUACCCGCAAAACACCAGCCUCAACGUCAACAGUGAAGAGGCGAUUCUGGGAUGCUGACCUUCUAGGCAGAGUUGCAAAGAAAAAGCCAUAUCUCAGACUGCACAUCUUAAUCUUUUCUUUUUAUUGGCCAGUCUGAGAUAUGGCUUUUUCUUUGCAACUCUGCCUAGAAGGUCAUUUAUUUAAUGAAGCUGCCAGCAUUAAUGAUGCUUGAGGAAACAGGUACAAAUGUAUCUAUAUCCACAGUAAAAACAAGUCCUAUAUCGACAUAACCUGAAAGGCCGCUCAGCAAGGAAGAAGCCACUGCUCCAAAACCGCCAUAAAAAGCCAGACUACGGUUUGCAACUGCACAUGGGGACAAAGAUCGUACUUUUUGGAGAAAUGUCCUCUGGUCUGAUGAAACAAAUAUAGAACUGUUUGGCCAUAAUGACCAAUGUUAUGUUUGGAGGAAAAAGGGGGUGGCUUGCAAGCAGAAGAACACCAUCACAACCGUGAAGCACGGGGGUGGCAGCAUCAUGCUGUGGGGGUGCUUUGCUGCAGGAGGGACUGGUGCACUUCGCAAAAUAGAUGGCAUCAUGAGGAAGGAAAAUUAUGUGGAUAUAUUGAAGCAACAUCUCAAGACAUCAGUCAAGAAGUUAAAGCUUGGUUGCAAAUGGGUCCUCCAAAUGGACAAUGACCACAAGCAUACUUCCAAAGUUGUGGGAAAAUGGCUUAAGGACAACGAAGUCAUGGUAUUGGAGUGGCCAUCACAAAGCCCUGACCUCAAUCCUAUAGAAAAUGUGUGGUGCAGAACUGAAAAAGCGUGUGCGAGCAAGGAGGCCUACAAACCUGACUCAGUUACACCAGCUCUGUCAGGAGGAAUGGGCCAAAAUUCACCCAACUUAUUGUGGGAAGCUUGUGGAAGGCUACCCGAAACGUUUGACCCAAGUUAAACACUUUAAAGGCAAUGCUACCAAAUACUAAUUGAGUGUAUGUAAACAUCUGACCCACUGGGAAUGUGAUGAAAGAAAUAAAAGCUGAAAUAAAUCAUUCUCUCUACUAUUAUUCUGACAUUUCACAUUCUUUAAAUAAAGUGGUGAUCCUAACUGACCAAAGACAGGGAGUUUUUACUAGGAUUAAAUUGUCAGGAAUUGUGAAAAACUGAGUUUAAAUGUAUUUGGCUAAGGUUUAUGUAAACUUCCGACUUCAACUGUAUAUAUGUUUCUUAAUAUAUAUAUGGGGCUCAAGCUGCAUCCCUGUGUCACCCCUCAUUCUCUCGCCCUCUUUCUCUCUCUCCCUAUCUCUUUGUCGCUCUCUUUGUCACUCUCUCUGUCUCUCUCUCGCUCUCACUCUUACUCCAUAUUACACAUUAACCCUUCCUACUCCAUUAGCUUAACAUGGGCCUCUGGAUUAGAUUGUGUAAUCAUAAUGUGUAAUGAUUACACAGAAGAGUUUAGUUGAAAUGGGUCUUUCCUACUGAGUAUUUUAUGCAUCAUCAUUCUCACCGUGUAGGAGAUGUGUUUAGAACAGUUUCAGUCAUUGUAACCACACACCCACCACAUUAUUAUUCAUGACUAAUAUUAUCUGUUGAGCCCUGAGUAGUAUAGUAGCACAUUGUAUGAUAUUCUAUUCUAUCCAGUAUAUGAUAUCUCUCUCUCCUUCUUCCCUCCAUAUUUUGUUUCUCUCUCUCUCUCUCUCUCUCUCAGGGUUGUUACUUCUGUGUGAAGCAGUAUGCUCUGGAGUGUUCACGCAUCCCCAUGGGACAGACCGUCAACUCUCAGGUAACAUUAUGGCAUCUCUAUCUCUGGUGCUGUGAGUUAGACCACAGAGCUGGGCCCAAUGAACCAGGCCAUAGCGCUCUCUCUCUCUCUCUCUCUCUCUCUCUCUCUCUCUCUCUCUCUCUCUCUCUCUCUCUCUCUCUCUCUCUCUCUCUCUCUCUGUCUCUCUCUCUCUCUGUCUCUCUCUCUCUCUGUCUCUCUGUCUCUGUCUCUGUCUCUGUCUCUCUCUCUCUGUAUAUAUAAAGCUGGAGUGUCCAGGUUUUGCUCUAAACCAGGUUUAAUUCAGUGUAAAGAUGUGUAAAUGACUGCUGUGUGUUUGCUGAGCGUCUCCAGAUGUUGUCUCUCAGCUGGGAGGGAGGGUAAGCCCCAACAGAUGCCUCACUCUCUUCAGCAGCUGGCCAUCUACAACUAUAAAGCCAUCUGAAGAUUAUUAUUUUUUGGCCAUUUAUUUGUUUGUAAAUGUGUGUGCUAGAAGCGGGAAGCGAAAUAAUGAGUGAUUGGUGUAGUGCUAAACACUCAUUUUAAUGUCUGACUCUUUCAGUUGUAACAUUUUUGUUGAAAUUACAUACAACACAUACAACUAGAUUGCCAAGAGAGGAGAUUUGAAACAGUCUUUCCUCCAUUUCCUUCUCAAGCCAAACUGUCAUAUUAUAUGAAAGAAAUCAAUGGACUCACUUCGCAAAACAUCCUUUUCUCUUUUAUUACAAUUAUUCAUAAUGAUUGCCUGCCAUAUAUGGUGUUCUAAUCGGAAAAAAACAUUAUUGUACUCAUAACCCGUAUAUUUCAGUCUGGUAAUUGCUUUGCCAUGUAAACUAUUGGGCAGAGUGUAGUGUGUAUGUGGGGUGAGUGUUUAGCUACUACAGCAGUCUGCCCAAUCUUUAAACAGAGCUAAUGGACUGUGGUGUGGACUAGGGAGAUGGCGAGAUGGAGCGAGCAGCGGUAGGUCUGUUCUGAACUCUUAUGUACUAGACUAAUGGCUGUGCUCAGCUCAGCGCUGCAUACAGCGUACAGACUGACCCUGUGUUGUUAAAGAUCGAGAGAGCUGUUCACCAUGUAGCCUUUCUCUGGCUCUGGUUCUCUAUCUUUCUCUCUCCCUAUAUUUCUUUCUCCUCUCUCUUUUUCUCUCUUUCUUUCUUCAUCUCUCUCCCAUUCUCUUUCUCAUUUUCCUCUUUCUUUCUUUCUCUCAUCUCCUCUCCUCCUUGGGACGGAUCAGUUUUCAGGUUGUGAGUUGACUGUUAUUGAAUAUGAUACAGACAGGCAGGCAGAGGACAAGAUGUCACUGUCAUGCUCACCGUUUCCCCUCAAUGUGUUGGAAACUGUAUCAAAGUGACGUAUGUUAGUCUGAGCAGACAGAGUGAGAGAGUAUUCUCUUUAAUCACAAUGAUUAGAGUUUGAGAAGAGCCAUGGCAGUUGCAGAGUUCAUCUCGAUGCACAGCAGGGUGGUAGACGUCUGUUAAUCACUGGAGUGGAUGAGUGAGUGGCGCGAGAGAUGGAGGGUGUGUGUGUGUGUGUGUGUGUGUGUGUGUGUGGUUUAUAAUUGGACGCUGUCGCCAGUCAGCCUCAGUUCUCCUCAGCGUUGACUGUUGUCUUUGUGGCCUGUCUGACCUGCUCAUGCUUGGUGCUCACACACACUAGUUUGUCACCUCGUGUCACCUCCUAUCUGUUCAAUAUCACUCUAAUCUUAUUAAUAUGAGUGUGUAGCAACACAAUGAGUUUGUAGGUGUCUUUGCGCGUGUAAUAGGGUGUAUAUCUAUAGGCACUAACUCCACCAUGGCUAUUUGACCUAUGGAGAAAUGGAUGGGAUUUUGGGAGGGGUUUUGGAUAACGUAUAAGAUCUCUUAAGCCUGUGUUAACCUCAGACCUUAUUUUCUGCGUUUAUCCCAAAACCCCAUUCUUUCCCCAUCCAUUUCCCCAUAGGCCAAAGAGCCAUGGCGGAGUUAGUGCCUAUAAAAAUACGCUCUAUUACACAUGCAAAUACACGUUUUUUAGGACUACAAGCUGGCGAGCUCCAUUCUGACAAUUGUCUUUUGUCUGUCUCUGUCUUUAUGUUCUGUGUUUGUCCAUUUCCUUUCCUUCUCUGUGUGUGUGUGUGUGUGUGUGUGUGUGUGUGUGUGUGUGUGUGUGUGUGUGUGUGUGUGUGUGUGUGUGUGUGUGUGUGUGUGUGUGCAUACCUCUGUGUAUGUUUCUGUGUGUAUCUUUCUCUGUCUGUGUCUGUCUAGUCCCAUCUCAUGUCCUCUCUCCAUCAGGGCUCCUUCCUCACCUCAAAACCUCUCAGUCUCAAGCCAUUCCGGUCUCUGACUCUGCGGUAUGUCCCAGAACCCUUAGGGGCAGGGUGUCUACCCUCCUCUCUGCUUGCUGCAAUGGCCCCUGAUCCCUCUAUCUCUCUCUUCUCUCUGUCUAAAUCUCUCUCUUCUCUAUCUAUCUCUAUCUACCUGUCUAAAUCUCUCUCUUCUCUAUCUAUCUCGAUCUACUGUGUCUCUCUUCUCUUUCACACUCUCUCUCUACAUCUCUCUCUCUCUUACACUCUGUCUCUUUCCCUCUCUAUCUCAUGCUCUUGUUCUGUCUCUAUCUUUUCUUCUCUCUCUCUCUCUUUUUUCUUUCUUUCUUUCUUUCUUUCUUUCUUUCUUUCUUUCUUUCUUUCUUUCUUUCUUUCUUUCUUUCUUUCUUUCUUUCUUUCUUUCUUUCUUUCUUUCUUUCUUUCUUUCUUUCUUUUCUUCUUUCUUUCUUUCUUUCUUUCUCGCUCUCUCGCUCUGAGGAAUGGUGAUGGCUUCCUCUGUCUGAUUGAAUCUCUCUUCAGUGCAGCCUGGUGGAGCUCUGGGCUCCAAUGUUGUACUUCCCUACAUGUCUGUUCUGCUGUGACUUUUGGGUUCAUGUCAGUCCUCUAGACUCUGUCUCAGUCUACAUCUUCAUCUUGCUGCUGGGCCAAACAGGCCUGAAUGAUGCUGAGCUGUGAUUCGCUGUCUGUCUAUGGGUCAUUGUGACCCUCCCUCCAAGCUCUUCCUGUAUCAAUCUGUGUUUGUCAUGCAGCUGGUGAAUAAACUAGCCUAAAUGCUGCUCUUUUUGUAGAACACUUACUGUUACUGUCUUUCUUUGUACAGCUCAAAUCUGGAAUGAGCAAUCUUCUGACUUCCCCUGUCUUAUUCAAGCAUUUGUCUAUGAUUUCUUGAGUACAUUUAUGAGGCCUCUGAUUAAGUAUCCUCUAUAGUAUCGAUUUUUGCAUCACUAGUCCACUGUCAUCCUCUGUCGUUGUUGUAAUGUAAAGUGUCUCUCUAUAGUAGAAAAUAGCUUUGAUAUACUGAUAAUUGACUUUUGAACAAAGUUAUAUACGUUUAACCUACUCUUUGCUAGCACCUGUGAACAGUUUGAAAAGGGGUUUAGCAUAAAUAUUAGUACGUUAAAGAUACAAGUAAGUUUGAAAGGUAUACCCAAAAUAGUUUUUAGAUCAGAAUGGCAGUUGGUAAAUGCCUGAGCAAUUAAUUCACAGUGUUGACCCAGCAGUUAACAUGUCCCUAAUAAAUGUGUUGGAUUAAAUAUUAACACAAUUAUAUACUAUUAAUAGUGUAUCUCUGUGGUUUCACUGCUAAAGGGCCGUUUGUACCCCUAAUCGCUUCAGCGGUCUUGUGGACUUAGAGGUCAGAGGUUACAGUAAAUUAGGCUCCAGAUCUCUCCAUCUCCACUGGGGAACACUGACCAACAGAACCAUUAAAGCGCUUUGUACCAGCCUGUUCUGACUUCUGACAUUACACUACUACAAUGUUCUAGCCUUCAAUCUCUUCUACAGUCUGUACCACUGGAGAAAUGUACUCUCUAUUUUUUUUUUUUUUUUGAAGGUGUCUGCCCUAGCACAAACUAAAAUGGCUAAGUCUGGUACAAAACAUUCACUUCUUCAGAGAGGUGGUGAAAGGUUCAACUUGUUACGUUGACUUUAAAAGGAAAGGAAAAUAGCUUUUUCUUGAUGUGUAAUGAAUGGCUCUCGACUAGUACUGGCAUUAAAUGAACACUUGAGGGUUGUUUUUUCCCUGACUCUUUGAUUUGAUAAGACCUAUUUACAUUUGUUCCAAGCAAAUGGUCAAGAUGAAAGCAGCAGCAGUAGUAAUGGCAUUUACCCUCCAUCCCCCUCCGAACACCCCUCUCCGAACCUCAGUUCCUGGUAUUGUGUCGUAAUCACUGCAUGCUCCAGUCUUUCACCUCAAUCAUUAGCAUUUUGCCAUUCAUGCUUUUGUAAGCCUCCGCUUUGAUGUUGGAUUUAAUUAAAUAAGAUACAAUAAUGAAGUUGAUUGAUAUCACAGUUGCUUACAAAAGCCUAUCACAAAGGAGGGGUGGUAGUAGCAGAGCAUAAUCACUUUAAUUGGGUGGUAGUAGCAGAGCAUAAUCACUUUAAUUGGGUGGUAGUAGCAGAGCAUAAUCACUUUAAUUGGGUGGUAGUAGCAGAGCAUAAUCACUUUAAUUGGGUGGUAGUAGCAGAGCAUAAUCACUUUAAUUGGGUGGUAGUAGCAGAGCAUAAUCACUUUAAUUGGGUGGUAGUAGCAGAGCAUAAUCACUUUAAUUGGGUGGUAGUAGCAGAGCAUAAUCACUUUAAUUGGGUGGUAGUAGCAGAGCAUAAUCACUUUAAUUGGGUGGUAGUAGCAGAGCAUAAUCACUUUAAUUGGGUGGUAGUAGCAGAGCAUAAUCACUUUAAUUGGGUGGUAGUAGCAGAGCAUAACCACUUUAAUUGGGUGGUAGUAGCAGAGCAUAAUCACUUUAAUUGGGUGGUAGUAGCAGAGCAUAAUCACUUUAAUUGGGUGAUAGUAGCAGAGCAUAAUCACUUCAAUUGGGUGGUAGUAGCAGAGCAUAAUCACUUUAAUUGGGUGGUAGUAGUAGAGCAUAAUCCCUUUAAUUGGGUGGUAGUAGCAGAGCAUAAUCCCUUUAAUUGGGUGGUAGUAGCAGAGCAUAAUCCCUUUAAUUGGGUGGAUACAAUAGACAGACAGUGAGAACGGCUGAAACAGCAGGGAGGUUUUCCUACCGAUGUAGACACGAGUUUAAUGGGUCUGUUAUUACUAUUAGACACUAGAUGGAUAGCAGUGCAGAGCGAGGGAGAGGAGCUAGGCCUAACUUCAGAAACUUUAUUAUUAAACAUUGAAUUGUGCAUAUGAUACUGCCAAUACUGGCUUGAUAUUAGUCCAGGAGAAUUCAGAUGAUUGUGUGAAUGGUAGGUCAUGGGGAUCCUCUUCCUCUGUAUGAGGUGAUUGGUUGGUUGCGUGGUGUGUGUGUGUGUGUGUGUGUGUGUGUGUGUGUGUGUGUCCUAUCCCAUUCCCACAGCCCUUACAGAACUCUGUAGUGAGUGUCUACAUUGUGUCGGCCCCUCUCUCUCCUCCAGCUCGCCAUGCUUUUCACAGAGGAGUGUGAUAAGGUGCGUGACCUGAUACAUGUGCACUCGUUCAGCUAUGACUUCCACUUGCGGGUGGUGCACCAGUACCUGGUGGGCUGUCACAUGACCCUGUGGCAAGGAUACCAGCUGACCGGCUUCCUGGAGGACUUCAUAGCCCAUCACCCUGACGUCCCCAAGUUCGGACGAAACCACGUCUUCCAGGGUGAGUCUGACUCAACCCACCUAAACAACUAAAUCCUGAAAUGAGUCCCAGCAGUAUGUUUAAGGCUAAGGCCAGAAUUAAAACCAACACAGAUCAACAACCUGUGCUUUGCGUUUGACUUUUAAAUGUGAUUUCUGCUUGAGCCGAACAGUGAGCAUGAUCUCCGUGGACAUCUGGGAAAUUGCCUUUGAAAGUCUAUCGCUGUGCGUAGGACGGCUAAUCUGUGUUGGGUUGAAUCCAGGCCUGUCAGUGAGCUCAUGCUUCUGUCUGUUCGUCUGUCCAUCAGGGAGUUUCUCCAUCUCUACAGGGAUGAUCACAGCUCACCAGCUGUAUAACUACAUCACUGACCACGCUGGCACCUACGGCAUGAAGCCCCUUCGCAUGUCCAAGGCUGCAAUGACCAGCGAUGGCAAGAAGGGAGCACCACCCAGCAGUGACUUGCAUGAGUACGGUCUGGUGGCACUGUGGAACAGGUAUGCUAUGGACACACACACACACACCUCUGUGAAUUAAACAUACAUCAUUCAUGACCUAUUCUUCUCAUCUAGCUCGGGCUCUUACAAGGACCUUGAAGGCCUGCGUCACCAUGACGAUUUUGACGUGUCCCUGCUGGUGUGUCACAAUGCCGCUCCGUUUGAGGAGCAGUCGGAUGGAGAGAGACAUCUUCUGAGGUACAGAGAUGUGAAAGGAGGGAUUAUAUAUCACACAAUGGAAGGUGGGAAUCAUUUGGGAAAGGUUACAUUUUCUAGGUUACAAUUUCAUACAGUAGGUUGCUAUUGAAAACAGUAGGAUAGUAUUCUAUACAGUAGGUUGCUAUUGAAAACAGUAGGAUAGUAUUCUAUACAGUAGGUUGCUAUUGAAAACAAUAGGAUAGUAUUCUAUACAGUAGGUUGCUAUUGAAAACAAUAGGAUAGUAUUCUAUACAGUAGUUUGCUAUUGAAAACAAUAGGAUAGUAUUCUAUACAGUAGGUUGCUAUUGAAAACAAUAGGAUAGUAUUCUGUACAGUAGGUUGCUAUUGAAAACAAUAGGAUAGUAUUCUGUACAGUAGGUUGCUAUUGAAAACAAUAGGAUAGUAUUCUAUACAGUAGGUUGCUAUUGAAAACAAUAGGAUAGUAUUCUAAACAGUAGGUUGCUAUUGAAAACAAUAGGAUAGUAUUCUAUACAGAAGGUUGCUAUUGAAAACAAUAGGAUAGUAUUCUAUACAGUAGGUUGCUAUUGAAAACAAUAGGAUAGUAUUCUGUACAGUAGGUUGCUAUUGAAAACAAUAGGAUAGUAUUCUAUACAGUAGGUUGCUAUUGAAAACAAUAGGAUAGUAUUCUAUACAGUAGGUUGCUAUUGAAAACAAUAGGAUAGUAUUCUAUACAGUAGGUUACAUAAGAUGAAACGGUGUGCUGUACCAAUACCUCUAUGUAUGAAGUUGCAUUGCCAUGGCAGUGACUUAUCUGUCUUCUCAAUCUAUGUGUGUGUGAUGUGAUGUGACGUGUCCUUGCGUGUUUAUGUUUCAGGCUGCGUUACUACGUGAUAAUGACCAGCCAGAGAGAGCUGUUCCCCCGGCUGACGGCUGACAUGCGCCGCUUCAAAAAGCUUCCCCAGAUACACCGUGAGGUCAGCGACCUGGCAGGAAGGGUUCCCCUUGAGAGAGGUACAGAACCAGGCGGGGCACUGGAACUUGAACUGGACCUCUGGGAGGAGACCCCACCUGCAGCCUCAGCCCCAGACACCUUCAUCUCUACCCCCAGCGAUGGGAACGAGUUCUAUCCUCUGACUGGCCCCCAGGGGUCUGGGGCCCAGGGUCUCCUCUACCCCUCUCCUCUGUUCUCCCUGCUCAAUCAGGAGGUUGGGUUCUCCAGGACCGCUAGGACUUCAUUGUGUUUUUAAUCUUCAACUAUUUAAUGCGUGUAUUGUUGUAUUAACAUGGAUGAGGCAUUUGUAGGUUACCAUUUCAUACGAGGUUCAUUUCUAUACAAUAGUUUACUAUGUUAGUAUUGCAAAAUAAAUCAGGUUACCAAUAUCUGUAUGUAGGAGUUAUUGCAGUUAUUGCAUAUAUAUGAAAUUAUAGGCUGUGUAUUUUAAAUUAGUCAAAAAAAUGUAUUGAUUCAAUCAUCAAUCCAGGUGGGCUGUGCGCGGAGGCAGAUCCAGGCGAGCGUGGAGCAGGCCAUGGGCCACUGUCGCAGGGACAACCUGUGGAGGAGGCUGCUCCAUGGAGAACACCAGCACCUGGCCAUGGACAAGCUCAAGUUGAGCAAACUGUCCUUCAGCGAACUGGAGGAGCUCCUCAACGCCGUGCAGAGUCGAUCUGUAGGGGAGAUAGACCCCCAGCUGGUAAAGGACACACUCUACCCUACUCCUACACUUCACUACUACAGACCACACCACCUCACCUCACUACUACAGACCACACCACCUCACCUCACUACUACAGACCACACCACCUCACCUCACUACUACAGACCACACCACCUCACCUCACUACUACAGACCACACCACCUCACCUCACUACUACAGACCACACCACCUCACCUCACUACUACAGACCACACCACCUCACCUCACUACUACAGACCACACCACACCAACUCACUACUACAGCAACCUUACCCCAAAAUAGUUCAUAGUGACCAUAUCUUUCCUGCAGGGUUGGGGUCCAUUCUAUUUCAAUUCAGUAAAUUUAGGAAAUAAAUUGACAUUUCAGUUCCCAAAUUUCCUCAUGGCUUUUCAGUGAUUGACCCUGACCUUGCUUUCCUGUUUACGCACCAACUCUCCUCAGAUGUGCUACUCCUGUUUGUCCUGCUGCUAUGUUGAUUUGACAGCAGGCACUACUAUAGCAUGCUGCUCUGUUCGCUGGUCUCUCAAACGCCAAUCAGCACUCUACUGUACACAUACAGCAUCAUUAUUGAGCUAGCUACACCUAUUAUUAAAACACAUCCGGGCACUGAUUGGAUUGUGCCCCCAUUCAGAGAGAUUGGAUGGUUCCAGUCAGGUGUACACAUGUAUUAGAUGCAAUAGCCUAAUUUCCAGUAUCAUGCCAUGUCAAUAUUAGGUUAUUGUGUUUCAAUCGUGAUUGGAUUUGGAUAAGUACCUCUGCAGGUAGACAAGCAUGUAUUGUGUCAGUGCUGUAUCCUUGACUAGAGUUUCCUGUUAGUCUUGUAUCCUCUUAAAUGACUACCAUUAAAGUUGUGCUUGUUAGAUGGAUACAUUUUAUUUAGUUAACACCAGUAAGUCACUGAGAACAGAUGAUCCCUUCUACAAUAAUUAAACACCACUUCAAUCCAGAGAAUCAUGACAAGGGCUUACCAAGAAAAAUUUCCAAAAAGACUAAUUCAGGUAGAAAGGAGUUGGAGCACUCAACAAAGUAAAAUACAUCAAUCUCUGCCUUUUUUGUUGAAUGCUCCAACUCCUUUCUACCUUGAAUUAGUCCUUUUGGAAGUUUUUCUUGGGAAGCCAUUCUCAUGAUUGUUGUCAUUGUUGUUGAGCACCCCUCCUUUCCUUUGUUUUCUGAAGCGUGAAGGCCCACCUGAACUCUGGCCACUUCAAUCCAAUAGUUUGUUACUGAUAUAGCCUCCACUUGUUGGUUUUGUAAAAUAAAGGUCCCUAUGGCAUUUCUUGAGCGCUCCAAUCAUUUAAAUUAUUCUUCAUUAUACUCAGUUUAAAGUACCCUGCUCCAAUUACACGAUGGUUGGAGCAACUAUGCGUGUGUGAUUUUCCAAAUGGCUGGCGGGCGGCUUCUCGUGGAGAUGGUAUUCAAGGUUAAUGCCCUCUCAGUCAGUAGAGAAGGAGGGUGGGCCAGGCCUCCUCACUCCUGCCUUUUCAAGGAGACCUAGAGCCUCAUAAUCACAGAGGCUUGCAUAUGUGUGUGUUGGAGAGGAGAGAAACAAAGCAUCCUUGGACGAUGGUGAUAAUCACAGAGGUGUGUGCAUUUUCGUGUGUGUGUGUGCCUCUGCGUGUGUGCGCACAUUUGUUGUGCGCGUCAGAGAGGAGAGAAACGCGGCACGUCAUCCAUGUAGAAAGGAAUCGUGAUAAUCACAAGCUCCCUCUAAAAGCCCUCAUACCUUUCCCUGAGCCAGUGGUUGUGGGCUCCUGGGCUGCUCACUGUGUGACUGACAGCUCCUCCAGGUCUAAGAGCCUUCCCACAGUGCACCGCAGCAGCUCAUCCCAUCAGCCCUUACGGUGAGGCAGGUAGAGAAUAGAGCCGUAUCCUCCCUAUAAUAACCACGCAGGCAUUAUCCUGACAGCAACAUAAGGAUAGUGGUGCCGUCGUAUCCCCCAGCAGAGCUGGGAAACAUGUCUAUGCAUACAGUAUAUCUGAAUUGUGAUCAUGUGUAGUAGGAUUAGGCUAUGUGCAGUAUGAGGUGUUACAUAGAUAUGUGCUGCGUGCUUUGGAUUGGGUUUUUCUUGAUCCCCUGUCAUAUCUCUCUUGUGUUGCUUUGUUUUGAUGAUUCCCAUAGGUUUCAUCCAUAACAAACUGUUGUGUCAUCCACUCUAUUUCUAGCUUGAAAUCAUCUUCUGAAGGCGAUAGAUACGUACCACCAUGCUGUGCUACUCCGCCAUGCUGUGCUACUCCACUGUACUGUGCUACUCCGCCAUGCUGUGCUACUCCACUGUGCUGUGCUACUCCUCUGUACUGUGCUACUCCACUGUGCUGUGCUACUCCACUGUGCUGUGCUACUCCUCUGUGCUGUGCUACUCCUCUGUACUGUGCUACUCCACUGUGCUGUGCUACUCCACUGUGUUGUGCUACUCCUCUGUGCUGUGCUACUCCACUGUGCUGUGCUACUCCUCUGUACUGUGCUACUCCACUGUACUGUGCUACUCCACUGUACUGUGCUACUCCACUGUGCUGUGCUACUCCUCUGUACUGUGCUACUCCACUGUACUGUGCUACUCCACUGUGCUGUGCUACUCCUCUGUACUGUGCUACUCCACUGUACUGUGCUACUCCUCUGUGCUGUGCUACUCCUCUGUGCUGUGCUACUCCACUGUACUGUGCUACUCCACUGUGCUGUGCUACUCCUCUGUGCUGUGCUACUCCACUGUACUGUGCUACUCCACUGUGCUGUGCUACUCCGCUGUGCUACUCCACUGUACUGUGCUACUCCUCUGUACUGUGCUACUCCUCUCUGCUGUACUACUCCACUGUACUGUGCUACUCCUCUCUGCUGUACUACUCCACUGUACUGUGCUACUCCUCUCUGCUGUACUACUCCACUGUACUGUGCUACUGUGCUGUGCUACUGUGCUGUGCUACUCCACUGUGCUGUGCUACUCCACUGUGCCAAUGUCUUGUUACUGUAUAUCUUCUAUUCUGUGGUUACGUCCCUAUUCCCUAUACAGUGCACUACUUUUGACCAUGGCCCAUAGGCUCUGAUCAAAAGUAGUGCACAAUGUAGGGAAUAGGGUACCAUUUGGGAUGCAGCCUGUGAGUUAGUUCCAUACCCCUUCCCCUGUGGGCACGUCAGAGGUGUACAUGCUGCUCACACCGAGGGGAUAGCUCUCAGCUCCCAGAGGUCUACUCUGCCUACAUGUGAUAAGCAAAUCUAGAAAAUCCACAGCUUCAAAUUAAAUUUCUAACCAAAUUGAACUACAUAUGGAAUGUGCAAUGUGUCUGAUGAUACCCUUUGUUAGUGACUAAUUUCAUUUAAAUGAUGUCUCUUUCAUGAUUAAAUUUAAAAUGAUCAAAUCUACCAUGAGUUUGAAGCUUCUCUAUGCUCAGAAGCUCAAAGUACAGAAGGUCUAUAUUCAGAGUAGGAUGUUAGCAUGGGAUGCUUCCCAAAUGGCACCCUAUUUCAUAUAUAGUGCACACAUUUUUAACAGGGCCCAUAGGGCUCUGGUCAAAAGUAGUGCACUACAGUGGCUUGCGAAAGUAUUCACCCCCCUUGGCAUUUUUCCUAUUUUGUUGCCUUACAACCUGGAAUUAAAAAAAUGUUGGGGGUUUGUAUCAUUUCAUUUACACAACAUGCCUACCACUUUGAAGAUGCAAAAUAUGUUUUUAUUGUGAAACAAGCAAGAAAUAAGACAAAUAAACUGAAAACUUGAGCAUGCAUAACUAUACAACUAAACAACACUGGGAUUUUUGCCCAUUCUUCAAGGCAAAACUGCUCCAGCUCCUUCAAGUUGGAUGGGUUCCGCUGGUGUACAGCAAUCUUUAAGUCAUACCACAGAUUCUCAAUUGGAUUGAGGUCUGGGCUUUGACUAGGCCAUUCCAAGACAUUUAAAUGUUUCCCCUUAAACCACUUGAGUGUUGCUUUAGCAGUAUGCUUAGGGUCAUUGUCCUGCUGGAAGGUGAACCUCCGUCCCAGUCUCAAAUCUCAGGAAGACUGAAACAGGUUUCCCUCAAGAAUGUCCCUGUAUUUAGCGCCAUCCAUCAUUCCUUCAAUUCUGACCAGUUUCCCAGUCACUGCUGAUGGAAAAACAUCCCCGCAGAAUGAUGCUUCCACCACCAUGCUUCACUGUGGGGAUGGUGUUCUCGGGGUGAUGAGAGGUGUUGGGUUUGCGCCAGACAGCGUUUUCCUUGAUGGCCAUUAAGCUACAUUUUAGUCUCAUCUGACCAGAAUACCUUCUUCCAUAUGUUAGGGGAGUCUCCCACAUGGCUUCUGGCAAACACCAAACGUGUUUGCUUAUUUUUUUCUUUAAGCAAUGGCUUUAAUCUGGCCACUCUUCCGUAAAGCCCAGCUCUGUGAAGUGUACGGCUUAAAGUGGUCCUAUGGACAGAUACUCCAAUCUCCGCUGUGGAGCUUUGCAGCUCCUUCAGGGUUAUCUUUGGUCUCUUUGUUGCCUCUCUGAUUAAUGCCCUCCUUGCCUGGUCUGUACGUUUUGGUGGGCGGCCCUCUCUUUGCAGGUUUGUUGUGGUGCCAUAUUCUUUCCAUUUUUUAAUAAUGGAUUUAAUGGUGCUCCGUGGGAUGUUCAAAGUUUUGGAUAUUUUUUUAUAACCCAACCCUGAUCUGUACUUCUCUACAACUUUGUCCCUGACCUUUUUGGAGAGCUCAUUGGUCUUCAUGGUGCCGCUUUAUUUGACUAAUUAUGUGACUUCUGAAGGUAAUUGGUUGCACCAGAUCUUAUUUAGGGGCUUCAUAGCAAAAGGGGUGAAUACAUAUGCACGCACCACUUUUCCGUUAUUUAUUUUCUAGAAUUUUUUGAAACAAGUUAUUUUUUUCAUUUCACUUCACCAAUUUGGACUAUUUUGUGUUUGUCCAUUACAUGAAAUCCAAAUAAAAAUCAAUUUUAAAUUACAGGUUGUAAUGCAACAAAAUAGGUAAAACGCCAAGGGGGAUGAAUACUUUUGCAAGGCACUGUAUAUAGGGAAUAGGGUGCCAUGUGGGAUUCAGCUGUAUCUAAAUGCUGCUUUGCUUCACAACAUUUCUCAGUAGUCUUCCAAUGUUUGGAAUUUCAAGAACAAGUAAAGGAUGGCAGUUACUAUUUAGAAUUAUUAUUGAGAUGAAUUUCAAAGCAAGAGUGCUUAGAAGCAUAGAGAUCAGAAAGCUCUAGCAUUAGGCUAUAUACACUACCAGUCCAAAGUCAGGACACACCUACUCAUUCCAGGGUUUUUCUUUACUUUUACAAUUUUCUACAUUGUAGAAUAAUAGUGAAGACAUCAAAACUAUGAAAAAACACAUAUGGAAUCAUGUAGUAACCAAAAAAAAGUGUUAAACACCUGUUGGCUGCUUUUCCUUCACUCUGCGGUCCAACUCAUCACAAACCAUCUCAAUUGGGUUGAGGUCGGGUGAUUGUGGAGGCCAGGUCAUUUGAUGCAGCACUCCAUCACUCUCCUUCUUGGUCAAAUAGCCCUUACACAGCCUGGAGGUGUGUUGGGAUAUUGUCCUGUUAAAAACAAAUGAUAGUCACACUAAGCACAAACCAGAUGGGAUGGCGUAUCGCUGCAGAAUGCUGUGGUAGCCAUACUGGUUAAGUGUGCCUUGAAUUCUAAAUAAAUCACCGACAGUGACACCAGCAAAGCACCAUCACACCACCUCCUCCAUGCUUCACGGUGGGAACCACACAUGCGGAGAUCAUCCGUUCACCUACUCUGCGUCUCACAAAGACAUGGUGGUUGGAACCAAAAAUCUCAAAUUUGGACUCAUCAGACCAAAGGACAGAUUUCCACCGGUCUAAUGUCCAUUGCUCGUGUUUCUUGGCCCAUGCAAGUCUCUUCUUAUUAUUGGUGUCCUAUAGUAGUGGUUUCUUUGCAGCAAUUCGGCUCCCGAGUGGCGCAGCGUUCUAAGCACUGCAUCUACAGACCCUGGUUCGAUUCAAGGCUGAAUCACAAUCCGGCCAUGAUUGGGAGUCCCAUAGGGCGGCGCACAAUUGGCCCAGCGUCGUCCGGGUUUGGCCGGGGUAGGCCAUCAUUGUAAAUAAGAAUUUGUUCUUAACUGACUUGCCUAGUUAAAUAAAGGUUAAAUAAAUAAAAAAUAAAGGCCUGAUUCACAAAGUCUCCUCUGAACAGUUGAUGUUGAGAUGUGUCUGUUACUUGAACUCUGUGAAGCAUUUAUUUGGGGCUGCAAUUUCUGAGGCUGGUAACUCUAAUGAACUUAUCCUCUGCAGCAGAGGUAACUCUGGGUCUUCCUUUCUUGUGGCGUUUCUCAUGAGAGCCAGUUUCAUCAUAGCGCUUGAUGGUUUUUGCGACUGCACUUGAAGAAACUUUCAAAGUUCUUGAAAUGUUCCGUAUUGACUGACCUUCAUGUCUUAAAGUAAUGAUGGACUGUCGUUUCUCUUUGCUUAUUUGAGCUGUUCUUGGUCUUUUACCAAAUAGGGCUAUCUUCUGUAUACCACCCCUACCUUGUCACAACACAACUGAUUGGCUAAAACGAAUUAAGAAGGAAAGAAAUUCCACAAAUUAACUUUUAACAAGGCACACCUGUUAAUUGAAAUGCAUUCCAGGUGACUACCUCAUGAAGCUGGUUGAGAGAAUGCCAAGAAUGUGCAAAACUGUCAUCAAGGCAAAUGUUGGCUUUGAAGAAAAUAUAUUUUGAUUUGUUUAACACUUUUUUGGUUACUACAUGAUUCCAUAUGUGUUAUAUCAUAGUUUUGAUGUCUUCACUAUUAUUCUACAAAAAUCCUGGAAUGAGUAGGUGUGUCCAAACUUUGGACUGGUACUGUAUAUAGGAAAAAGGGUGCCAUUUGGGACAUGGCCAUGGUUUAUAGUAGAGAGCUGCCCUUUUUCUAAGAUAGUUAUAUGCCUUAUUAUUCUUUAAUCAAAGAUGUGCUCUUUAUUUUAGUGUGGUGGUAUAGCUACAGUAGAGAGCUGCUGUAGCUUAAUCAACGCUGUGCUCUUCAAACUAGCUGUGUCUUUCCCACAGGGAUCUCAGCAUUUAUCAACAGAAAAGUCCUAAUUAAAAACCCAAACAUCCUAUUUAUAUGUCCGUGUUAAAGAAGAAGUAGAAUGGAAACUUCACAGCCAGUGAUCUGAACACAGAUUAAGAAUGUACUGAAGUAUGGACUGUGAGAACUGAGUAGGCUCUACAGCAUUGCAGGGGUCGCCGUUGGGAAGCUCCCUACAGCUCACCCCCUGCCUCGUCUUCCCUUCAGAUCCUCUUCUCUAGUCAUUUUCUGCUAUUCAUAGAUGUAUGCCAGGGAAUCACUGAUGAUUCUCAGCCAAGCAAUGUUUUAUACAUUUUAGAUUCAAAGCCAAUUGUGGAAUUGGCGUGUACUAUUUUGGCAUUUUUAAUUUGCAAAAUAAUAUCUAGAAGAGGACUUUGAAAGAUUUUGAAAGAUCUUUACUCUUAACUUAGGCUAAUUGUGUGUAGGCUAAUUGUUCUUCCAAUAGUAGGUCUUAUGUAGCUAGUGCUAGUUAAAAAAUGUGGGUGGUAACUGGUCAGGGUCAAGCAUUUGUUUGUCUCUAGUUCAGACCUUCGGCUCGAAACGUUGUACAAUCAAACUUUGGGUGUUUUCAACAGUGUGCGGCCCAGGUGUCUAUCAUUCUUUCAGGGCUUCCUAUCCUCUGUUCCUAUAGGGUCAAAACAUUGCACAAUAACACUGUGGGAUCAUUCAGCAUUGUGUGGCCCGGGCAUCCAUCUUUCUUUCAAGGCUUUGUGUCCUCUAUCUCUGUUAUUACAGGACUGUUUCUUGACCAUGAGUCCCAGCUGGUACCAGAGUCUGAUCAAAGUGCUGCUGACUCGCUUCCCUCAGAGCUGCCGACACUUUGACGAGAGUGGCAUUCAGUAUCUGGUAAGAACAAAACCACUAAUAUAACAUAUACAGAUAUAAACACUACAAAAACAUAUAUACUGAACAAAAAUAUAAAGACAACAUGCAACAAUUUCAAACAUUUUACUGAGUUACAGUUCAUAUAAGGAAAUCGGUCAAUUAAAAUAAAUAAAUUAGGCCUAAUCUAUGGAUUUCACAUGACUGGGAAUACAGAUAUGCAUCUGUUGGUCGCAGAUACCUUAACAAAAGGUAGGGGCGUGGAUCAGAAAACCUGUCAGUAUCUGGUGUGACCACCAUUUGCCUCAUGCAGCGCGGCACAUCUCCUUCGCAUAGCGCUGAUCAGGCUGUUGAUUGUGGAAUGUUGUCCCACACCUCUUCAAUGGCUGUGCGAAGUUGCUAGAUAUUGACGGGAACUGGAACAUGCUGUCGUACACGUUGAUCCAGAGCAUCCCAAACAUGUUCAAUGGGUGACAUGUCUGGUGAGUAUGCAGGCCAUGGAAGAACUGGGAAAUGUUCAGCUUCCAGGAAUUGUGUACAGAUCCUUGUGACAUGGGGCCGUGCAUUAUCAAUCUGAAACAUGAGGUGAUGGUGGCAGAUGAAUGGCACGACAAUGGGCCUCAGGAUCUCGUCACAGUAUCUCUGUGCAUUCAAAUUGCCAUCAAUAAAAUGCAAUUGUUCGUUGUCCAUAGCUUAUGCCUGCCCAUACCAUAACUCCACUGCCACCUUGGCACUCUGUUCACAACAUUGACAUCAGCAAACCACUCGCCCACACAACGCCAUACACAUAGUCUGCGGUUGUGAGGCCGGUUGGACGUACUGCCUCAAAAACGGCUUAUAGUAAAGAAAUUAACACUUACUUCUCUGGCAACAGUUCUAGUGGACAUUCCUGCAGUCAGCAUGCCAAUUGCAUGCUCCCUUAAAACUUGAGACAUAUGUGGCAUUGUGUUGUGUUACAAAACUGCACAUUUUAGAGUGUCCUUUUAUUAUCCCCAGCACAAGAUGCACCUGUGUAAUGAUCAUGCUGUUUAAUCAGCUUCUUUGAUAUGCCACACCUGUCAGGUGGAUAGAUUAACUUGGCAAAGGAGAAAUGCUCACUAACAGGGAUGUAAACAAAUUUAUACACAACAUUUGAGAGAAAUAAGCUUUUUGUGCGUAUGGAACAUUUCUGGGAUCUUUUAUUUCAGCUCAUGAAACAUGGGAACAACACUUUACAUGUUCCGUUUAUAUUCUUGUUCAGUGUAAAAACUACAACUCUCUACAGCACUUUGUCCGCAUUUACACUACAAUUAAAAUUGCUCGUCAAAAUGGGUUCCAGAGUGCGGCCUUCAGUGCUCAACCACCACUAAAUCAAGGUCAUGUUCAGUAGAGCACACGUAGCAAAAUCUGCAAUGGAAAAGGUAGCAAAACCUUUCUCCCUACUGAACACUACCCAUCCCAGUAUAUUAUGAGGUGCUUUGUUCACUAAAAUAGAGCUGUCCUCUCCAUAUGGAGUAUGUACGCACUUGCAUACAUAGGAAUACAGCAGAGCACAACCAGCUGCUGUACCUCCAGCAGAAUAUAAUGUAGAGAAACAGGGGAAAGCACCCCGCUAAGCAAAUUAAUUAUCCCCUGUUCUCUCCUCCACAUGCAAUGUGAUUGCAUCCGCUUCAAGCCAAACUGUAUCUUGACACUGCAUGCAACAACAUCAAAACCAGCUCCUUGAGCUGCAGACGUUGUUAUUAGCAUGGGUGCCUGUAUCAAAGUUCCCAUAGCUCUGUCAUUGGACUCCACUGUUUAUAUAUGAUAUGAAUUCAAGACAAAUAGUACAUCACUCUAUAUUUGUAAUAUCCUAUAAUUAUUUCCCUCCCUCAACCCCUAUUUGAUUUCAAUGAAUUUUGGAGGUGAUCUUGUUAAGUUCUUAUGGACUAAUCCACUAUCAGGAACUGCCUCAAGUACCCUUGAACUUUUCUAAAUUAAACUCAGCAGUUUCUCUCAGGCUUCUAACUUUUAUAUGUAACGGGAGAACAAGAACAAUUGAAUGUGAAGAAGGAACAAAUUAGUAUAUUAAAAAAUCUAAAAUUGAGAGACCUCUGCAGUUUGGAAGAAGGGUUUUAGCGUUGUGUAAAAAUGUGAAAAGCGGCUCUCAAGGGGGAUUAUGGGAGUCUUAUGGGGAAUAAUUGUCAGUGUCAGGAGGUUAGUCACUACUUAAUUUGGUAAUUGAGACUUGAGAUCAAAAGAACAUCCCCCUCACUUCUUCUCUUCUGAAGAUGUUCUGCCCUAGUACUGUAGCUGGUGACAUAAACUUCCCUCCCUAGCAAACAUCACAGUCACACACUAUUCCUUUUUUGUCCCAGAGGGCAAAAGACUAUAAACAGUUCAAACACAAGAUCCCAUUAACUGUAGUCAGUCACCUAUUUUUGUUUAAAGUUAUACUGUGUGGAAUAGGGGGGAUGGAAUUGUAAGUCAUUAUAGCUUGAAAUGAACAGUUGUCCUGCCUUUCCUUUCUUUCAGGCUGUCCUGAACCAGAAAUUCACUGACUGCUUUGUUCUGGUCUUCCUUGACACUCAGGCAGGAAAAACAGUGAGUCAUUGUGAUGUCUGCCCCUUGUUAUGCUCAUUAUAGCAUUUUAUAGCUACAGUAUAUGAAUUCCUUAUAAGCUGUAACGUGAGAUGACGUUGUUUUCAAUUGACCUUUAUUGUCCCCCUCCCUCCAGAGCCUCAAGGUUGUAUUUAGGGAGCCAUUGCCAUCCCAACUGCAGCCUAGCAACAGCCCCCCGCCCCAGCUGGUGUCCAUGUAUCAUCACCUGGAAUCUGUGAUCAACACAGCCUGCUUCAACCUGUGGACAGGCCUGCUGUAG